GUAAUCGCUAUGUUUGGGUUUACCCUGUCCCCUCCGCUCCCCCAACAGCAUUGUCCUCUCCGAGAGACGCAGUGAACCCUGACACUGUCUCUCUGAUCCUCCAGUCCUGGGCUGUACUGGUGCGUCCCGUUACGCACAAACUCAAUCCAGACUCCAGCGCUGCACACUCGGCGCGCUGGCACGGGGUACGUCAGGACAGCCAGUAAGAGAAAGAGAGAGAGCUACAACUUCACGAGUGGAUAUGAUUCAUGCGUGGAUGGCAGAGACUCGGUGACAGGAGGACUCGGGGGAGUUCAGGUAGAGCAGGAACAAGGACGGGUCUUGGGCCCCCCUCUCCUCCCCCGAGCGGUUUACGCGAGGUGAUCCAGCAAGAAGAGCCACUUUGCAUGGAUUUCCUCACCAGCUGUGACUGAUAAUGAGUGUCACUCUGGACUCUUUGAGCUGGUGAUAGUCUCUCUCUAUCUCUCUCCUCUUCGCUUCCCCCUCAAACUUCAGUCAGUGGAUCUUUGCGAGAGCGGCAGGAUGGGAUCACAGACCGGAGCAGCUCUGCAGAAACAGACGCUCCUGUGGUUCAUCGUAGGUGAGUGUUUGACAUUUGUGCUUCUAAUGAGGAUGUUUUAACUAAAGUGAAUGAUCUAAACUGUGAACUCUGCAUGGACAAUAUCACUUAUUCUCUAAGCAGACGUGACUGAGUAGAUUUAGUGACAAAUCCGAUUAGAAUAAGCCUGUUAGGGUUGUUUUUAUCAAGUUUUAAUAAGCGGAUGUGAAAAUAUUGGAUUACCCAAAUUGGUAGGCUCACUCUUUCACUCACAAACACAUUUCUGAUUAAAUCUUGAUGUCCAAACUUUGAUCUUCAUGACUUAAAUCAAAUCUUAGGGUGAUUUGUUCACAUUUAUACACAAAAGUGCUCUUAAGUGAGACCUGUUCGCACUCUUAUUGUGUGUCUUUAAUGCUUUUGUUGUUACGGAUAGAGACAUUGUUGACAUAAGUUGAAGUUUUUAGGGUUUUUGUUGGAGUAUUGCCUGUCAAAGUCUUCUUUUCUUCUGGUUAAGUUGCUUUACUCGCUCUGAAACAUGAAAACAAACAAUCAUACCUGGAUAGAGUGUAACACUUCCCCUGCUCCCUGCUUCACCAACCUCAAAAGAAAACUCUUCCUUAAAGUGAGAACAGGUUUUUCAGAUCCACAUAAUGUGCACAAAAUCAGCUGUUCAGUUGGUAUCCACUCAUUUUUUCCAUGUUGAUUAAAUAUAAUUGAGUUCACUGGAGGUUACCCACAUCUGCUGCCUUGCGCAAUUCAUUCUUCUGUGGGUAAACUGAGAAAGGCACGAAAAUAACAACAAAAAAGUUGCUUAAUCCUGAGCAGGGAGAGAGAUGAUAUUCAUAAAUAUGACAGGAAAACAGCAGCACCUGCUAAGUGGUCGAAUACACUGCAUAGCACACACAGCAUCCUCGACUAUGAGAUGACUUUGUUGUGAGUGGGUACGGCCAUCUGUUUGCACUCCAGUUGUUUCAUGAUGUGUUAACCAAAAGCAGCUUUUUUUUCACUCCCACAAGAGCAAAAAUAAACAAAAAAAUGUGGGAAAACAUUGAAAAAAAAAUUUUCCGAUCUGGUUGAAAGUAAACAAAGAACAUUUAGAAACUGUGGGCAGUCCUCUGUCUGCCUUUUCCCACAUUCUUAUAUGGUGUGUAUCUAAUUUAUAAAUUAAUAGACAAAAAAAAAAAAUCUUAGAAAGAUAAUUUUGUGCUUGUGACCGAGAAUAUUCAUCCACCAGUCUGCACAGUGACGCCUCCCUGGGGUGAUUAACUGAUGUGCGAUUGUGCAUGACUUUAUAGGAUAUUUAUGAUCCCUAUGUGACAUUGUAAUGAGUGCAUCAAUAUUAAAAUUAAGCAUAAAGAAAAAAAAGAGUACAUUUUUACUCUUGGGGCGGCACUGGCUCAGGAGGUGGAGCGGUCGUCCAAUAACUGGAAGGUUGGCGGUUCAAUUCCCCCCAUCCCUAAUCUGUCCGUUGUGUCUUUGGGCAAGACGUUUAACCCACCUUGCUCCCAGUGUGUGUCCUCCACUGGUGUAUGAUUGUGAGUGUUGUGUGGUGGUGUUCGGAGAGGCUGUAGGCGCAAACUGGCAGCCACGUUUCCAUCAGUCUGCUCCAGGGCAGCUGUGACUACUAACCCACUGAGCAUUUUUUAGUCUAAAAGAGGUCUAAUAGAUGUCUAAAUGUAACCUAGAUGACUGGUCUAAAAUCAGGCUACCACAGGUCUAACAAUGACAGUUUAGACCAAGUCUAAAUCUGGGCUAUAUCUAUACUACUCUGUAUAUUGCUCAAUGGCUAUCAUAAUUAUUUCGGUUAAGCCCUUGGAGAUCAGUCAUGCAACUCACAUUUGCGAAUAAUGGGUUAAAGUGCAACAUCUAAAUUCCGUCUAAAAAAAUACAGAAUAUAGAUGGUUGAAAUUAGGUCUAAAAAAAAAAACUAGACGUCUAAUAGCCGUCUGUUGCUCAGUAGGAAGGGUGUGACUGUGUGAGCAAAUGAAUGAUGGAUCCAAUGUAAAAGCGCUUUGAGGGUCUCUGAUAAAGUGCUAUAAAAAAUCUGACGCAUUAAUAUUAUUACUCUAAAUUUUAGGAUUUGUAAUUCUGCCACUUUCUUGUACUAUAUUAUUCAAAUGAGGAUAAUUAUGGGUCCAUAUGAGCCAUAAGGAACUUACACCAAUCGUGACCAAUGAUAGGUGAAGUGACUGAUGCUUAUAAUUUCUUUAAAACAGAACUUGUCAGUGGGUUGGCUGUGUUAAAGGGAUAUUCCGGCGUAAAAUUAAUUUAAGGUCAAACACACCGUAACACUAAGUUAGACACCCCCUCAAGAGAUGAAUGUUGCCGACCGCUUGCUUCUCUAGUUAAACCAACUUUAGUAACAACCGCACGAUAGCAAUACACAGCGGUCUGAGGAGCCAUAAACAAACCUCAACCAAAACGCCACUCUAUAGCCACAAAUAAUGCUCAGAUGCUCAAUGCUCAGCACCUAACUUCAUUCACAGUACAUAUAGGGUCCCAGACACAGCACUUUGUGAAUUUCCCAGUUUGGGAUCAAUAAAGUAUACGUAUCCUAUCCUAGCCAUCAAACAUCUUUUUAACUUUGUCUAAUUUCUAUAGCAAAGAGACUAAACACAACUCACCUACUCUCUUCCAGCAGCUGCUUGUUCGUAGCAAGACCUCGGGCCAGUCCAUUAGGGACUACAGCGGGGUGACGCAGCUCAAGGAAGAACAUUUCUGAUCAUUUAUUCAUGGAAAUGCAAUCAGACCGAGACGCUAAGGCAGAAGAACUACCGCGUCUGCAGUGAAAAAUGAUUAAUAUGAUGAUUAUUACUUCAAGGAAAUGAAAAUGUAAUGACCCUGUGUAUUGCUGUCAUGCGGUCGUUACUAAAGUUGGUAUAACUAGAGAAGCAAGCGGUCGGCAACAUUCAUCUCUCGAGGGGGUGUCUAACUCAGUGUUAUGGUGUGUAUGACUCUAAAUUGAUUUUACGCCAAAAUAUCCCUUUAAGCAAAAAGUGAGUGUUUUUAAAUUCAUGAGAUUUUGAGCGACUUUGACAAGGUGCUAAAUUGUUUGGGUUCGAGCGCUACAAACUGGAUUAGCACCCUGCUUUUAAUGGUCACUGCCUCUCUGAAGUGGUCCGAGCAAGGAAAACCAGUCCACCAGAGACAGGGUCAUAGUGGGGCCAAGGCUCGGAGAUGUGUUUGGGUAGCAGAGGUUUGAUCCAACAGAGGAGCCAAAGCUCAAAUUGAUGAAAAGUUAAUGCAGGAUCUGAUAGAGAGAUAUCAGAGCUUGUGCAGCUGCAGACGUGUUACUGUACGUUAACAUGUUUGAAUGUUCGGCACGGUGAGAUCGCUUUAUCAGGAUCGGGAGGAGGAGAAGAGCGGAGCUAAUAAAACAGGGAUCAUGAUCAGGAUAAGGGAGGAGUCCCUGAAAUAUCAAGAGGUUGAAAGGCCCACAGAGUGGAGCAGAGGUUGUGUGUUUCUGCCUGACAGGAUGGUAACAUUAGUUGUGCUAUGUUGCUUCCCUUUGCUAUGCUGUGCCAUGCUAUGCUUCUCCUUACUGUGGAUAAUUCACCCUCGGGCAGCAGACGCUCCAGAUUCUGCCAUACUACCCAGUUGUUACUGCUACUCUCCUGGCAAAGUGCAUGCAUGGAUUAUGAGCUUCUCUAAAGGAGCUCUGAAGGGGGAGUGUAUUUGUUGGGCUGUUGUGUAGAAAUAACAGAAAUCUUCCUCGAUAACGUAUCUCAACCGGAGCAAAAUGGCUGUUUCGGAGAAAAUCUAAUUUUCCCGAUAUGAUCUGAGGGACUACCUCAGGCUUCAGCUGUAAUGGUGAUUGUGCUGUUACUGUCACGUAGCCUCGAUUUAGAAGUUAAUGGUGAACUGUGUAAGUCAUGUGUGCGUCUGUUUCUCUUAUAGUGAUUCUGUUGUUCAGAAUUUUGAAGCAGCUGUUUUAUAUUCCUCUUUUGUUCUGUGGUAGACCUUUUCUUUUGCUCUAUAACACACUGCUGCAACUGUCAAUAUACUCGAUGUCAACAGGAGCUUAAAACUAGAGGUGCACAGAUCCAUUUUUUUCCGAUCCAAUCCGAUACCGAUACCUGGGCUGAGAGUAUCAGCCAAUACCCGAUACCGAUCCAAUACUACUGUUGAAUGAAUGACCUGUAAACCUUGUCCCGUGAGUGAAGGCAUCAGGCUCGAUAUUAGCCUUGUUAACACUUAGAACUCCACUGAAUCGCCAGCGAUCCCAUGUGACACCAUUGAUAUUGUUUACAGUUUCUCCAGAAAGUUCUCCAUCUCUAUGGGAUGAAAAGUGUUCAAAAGCUUACCCUUUUGGUGAUCUAUCAAGGGUUUCCAGGCAUUUCUAUUAGGGCUUGACCGAUAUGGAUUUUUUGGGGCCGAUGCCGAUUUCUCGGGUUUUCCGAUUACUGAUUGAUUGGCCGAUUUUUAAAAUUUUUUGUCAAGUUAUAAAUAGGCUACUGUUCUUCAUGCCGACGGGAAGACCAACCAAUUAAACUGGGACCAGAAAAGCGUUUUUAACUACUCCGACUAUCAACUAAAGCGGGACAUUUCUAAUUUGUUUACUUGUGUAGUCAAUGGAGAAAGAAAAUGACAAGGAGCUGUUGUGCUGUAAACUACACGAAUCAGCAAAACAAACAAUCGGCAAACAUUACGACCCUGCUCCUGAUAUUAGAAACAUCUAAAACAAUGUCAACACCUGGUAAAUUGAGUGAAAUUCAUGGAUAUUUCAGCAAGCGAUUUUUUAAUGAAAUGCCAUUUUAUUGCAAUUUUUUCAGGGAGAACUUGCAAACAAUACGACAUCUUCAUUGUUUGUACACAGAAAACCUGUCUAUAAGUGCAAAGAAAAAACGGUUUGAAAAAAUAAUAAAUUCAUUCAGACGUACAAUCCCAUGAUGCAUGAAGUCAGGAUACAGCUCCACUCGUAUCUGCCUCCCUUUCACUCCUUCCUCUCCUUUAGAUACUCGCUCUCUUCUUGUAAUCUUAGACUUAUAAAGACAUCCAGUUUACUCGGGUUCGUUUCCUAACCUCUUAACACCGAUUCUGACCACCAAAUACUUUACCCUCCACUGAACUGUAAUGUGAAUCUCAUCCCCUUACCCCGAACUGAGCGUUCGACCGAGCAGAGCAGGAGUGAAAAAAAAAAGUCCUCUGUCCACGCAGAGAUACUGUGACGCUCUUAGACAAAGGUGUUCAGGCGAGCUUCCUCUGCUCUUUGCCCUUUGUUUCCAUUUUCAAAGCCUCCGUGUAGGUGUUCUGUAUUUACACAAAGAGAAAGUUAUUACUCACCACAGCAGCACCAGGUCGCCUCUUGACUUUUUCAUUACGUUCACAGACAGCAGGUUUUUAAGACUUGCUCUGUGAAAUCACGCCUCUAUUUCCCAAGACCUCUAAAAUAAAUUAUCCCCUCUCCAGCGACUCAUUUAUCACUUUAUUCCGUCGCUCUUAUGCUCAUUUUUAACUCCUAGUAGCACACCUUGACCGAUAGAGCCUAGAUCUGAUUAAUAACCUCUGCCACGUGGCAUCAGUCGGAUCAUUUGCGGCAUGACAGAAACAAUUUUUAAUUUCCUCCGGUUAUACGUUGACCCAAAAGUGGAGGAUGGAUGACGGAUGAAGUGUCCUCACUCGGCGGAGGAAAUUGGCAGGAAGAGUCGCUUUAAUCGUCUUUCCCGGACAUGAUCGUCUUUCAUCUGACAGCUAAAGAUUACGUUUGAAUUCACUCAACUACAGUAAAAUGACAAAAGUAAAAACAAGAGAAACUUCUCAGGGGUAAACACAUGAGUGACUUCAAUGAGUGAGGACCUUGUAAGUUAAUAAUCGCUGUGGACGCCGACUUGAGUUUGCUCUUUAGAUAAUCUACGAUAAAAUUUGCGGCUCAUUAUUUUGGUUUAAUAACUUUUUCUCUCCAACAAGUUUUAAAUCAGUUUGUCCUCUGAAUCUAAAACUAAGUUUUCAAGUUAAUUAAAUUUGGUUGAAUGGCUCCACUUAGAAAUAAUGUAGUUAAAGAUAGUCAAGCUCAUACAGAGGACAUUUCUGAACAGUUUCAAAUCUGCAUAAUUCGUUCACUGUUCAUACUCACCAAGAAGUGAUCCAUGGCGAGAUCUAAUCAUCAGCAGUGUGAGUUAGCUAGAUAAGAAGAUUUCUUUGUUUCAGUUCGCCUUGUGCCUUUUUACAUCGACAGUGCAACAGGCUGUUUUAAGUUAAAAAAACUCUUCUCCAGUGUUUGUACUCACAAAAUAUUAAAAAUGUUGGGAAUCAAACCCAGGAGGAUUCGAUCUCCACGUCAAGUGCUUCUUAAAAAUGGAGAUAUUCACCAUAACGGUUUCAGUCUGUAUUCAAAGUGGUUUCUUACGCAAGUGUUUCAGCAAGCUUUGGGGGUGACGGGAGAAGGAGAAAACAUAUUUGCGUGGAGAGGAAAGGGUCUGAAAUACAACCUCGGAUAUCAUCAGCGGUCAUGCGACAACAAUUUAACUUGAAUUGAUCUUCAUAAACAGAUUUCUCCAUAAAAAAAGAUUUUUUAGAUGUUCAAGAGUGUUCAAAUUCAUCAGAAGAAGAGAAGAUAAAGCUCUUGUAUACCAAAUAGCUGUAGCCCCACUUAACUGUGAUAGUAAACAUACUGACGGUGUUGAAUUAAUAUCCACAAGUCAUCUGUUUGUGUCCAUCUGUCGGCUCUAAAACCAAACCCAACCCUCUUUUUUUUCUACUUAUUGGUUCUUAUCUCAGGGUAAACAUCUGGACUUUCAAAGCUACUGUUUCUUUUUUAACUUGGUUAGCAGACUUUACGAGAAGAGAUCUUUCACUGAAGCUAAUAAAAGUUUCUGAGAAAUAGCUUUAAUAUUUCUCUGAGUAAUCUGAUCAUUUGUUGACUCAGAGUCAGUCUGUAUGAGCACCAUUUCUCGCAGUGGUUGUGUCUGAAGAAUGAAGGUGUUUAGCCUUCAAGCGUAAAAAACAGAUUUCAGCCUAUGACCUUUUUUUCUUUUUUUUUUUCAUCCUGCCAAGAAAACAACAUUUUUAUUUAUUUAUUUUUUUAAACCAGGGUCAUUGUGUUCCCAAAAUUGGAGAAAGUCGAGAACAGAAAACAAGAUACAGACCUCUUAAUGACAAAACACUUCAUGUUUCUUGACUACUUCGCCCGUUCGUUGUAUUCCGUUGGCUGACGUCCCGUAACCCAGCAGGCAUGGAUCUUGUUUUGACCCCCUACCGCUCACAGAGACACUGCAGAGAUCUGUGAUGUUCUCCCCGGGGACAGUAGUAUUAAUUUUUCUCAGCUCUUUAGUCUUUGAUGAGCUCUUUUUAUUCCAUCUAGGGAGCACAUGCAUGGAUUUAACACAAGCACUGAGCUCUCGCCGUAUUUCAUGCGUUUCUGGUGUGAAGGACUCUGGGGAGCGUUUUUAAGAACGCCCAUAAAUCAGCAGAGAGAGAGAGAGAGAGAGAAAGAGAGGACGACAGGGAAAGUAAGAAGCGGUCUAACAAGACAGAGGGAGAUAAAUGGAGGAGGUGGGGCCGGAAAGUCAAAGUUUUAAUAGAGUUGAUAUAUGUUUGUUUGCGAAGGUGUGUGUCUCCGCAUUGUGUCUCGUGCAUUUAUGCGUAUGCGUGACCGACUGACUGAGUGACAGCCCCGCCCACUGGACUUCAGCUAAUUAGAUAAAUGGGGAAUGAGGGAUGACAGGAGGAAAAGGAAGCUAACAAAAGUAGCCAUGCCCCCCUUUGAUGGAGCCGUUUUUCAUGUGUAAUGUAAUAUAAGUCCCUGUGCACACUUCCCCUCCCAAGAGAUUCUCGUUUUUUCAUUUCUCGACUGAAGGAGUUGAUAAAAAAAUAUUACAAAGGUGACAAAUAACAACACCGUGGCAUGCUUUUGUGAGAUGUUCUCUGUGAGCCGAGCCGAAGAAACAGAAAAAUCCAAAUAAUGACCCGAGGUUCUGCUCACGCUCUGACUGAAGGGUGUUAGUAUUCAGCCUUUUGUGUCUGCUUUUGGUUUCGAGAAGAACGGCGCCAAACAAGAUCGUGAUGUGCUCACUAAUUCAAGAGUAGAUUCAAGGUUCGCUCCAAAUAUUCUAUUUGAUAACCUGUUUGGAGGAUAAGUGGGUCCGAGAGCAAGCUUGGAAAUGCAAUUAUUUGAAGAUGAGAAGUUUGAUUUAGUGCGAUUUAAGCCGGAUAAAAUCUGAAAUUUUCCAUCACUUCUCCCUGGACUGCUUCAACAUCAUAGCCAAACCACAAACAAUUAAGGUGACCAUCUUCUGACUUCCUAAAAAGAGGACACGACUACGCAAGUCCGAGUCUGAGUAUGGUCACCCUACGCACAACGUCUCGUAGAGAUAACACUUACUGCUGCCCUCUGCCAUUUAGGGUCAGAUUCUAGAUCAUAUGUUUAUUGUGGUGUUGGUUCUCCUGGAGCACUCGCCAUGUUUGUUUCCAUGGUUUUCCAUCUCUGCAACCUCCUUCAUCAGAACGCUCUCAGGCAGAAUAUCACCUUCAACUAGAUCACUGCAAAGACAACUAGAGCUAAACUCAAAGAUCGAAAACUUUUUAUAUGUAAACAAAAGACCUAUUUCUCUCUCUAAACCUGGACUCCCCAAUACAAUAAACUGCACAUCUUAGGCUGCGUUCACACUGCAGGUUAUGAUGCACAAUUCUCAUUUUUUGUUAAAUCUGAAUCUAAAAUCUUUUUGUUCGGUCGUUCACAUUACAACAACGAAUGUGGCAUCUAAUGUGAACAGAAUGAGUCCGUCCAAAUUGCUCUUUGCACCUGUUUGUAUUGUUGAACAAUGGUGACGUUUGUCACAUAUUGAUGACGUAUAGGUUGGAUGAACGCGACUUGAGUGUCCACACUGCAGUCACAUUGGAUACAAAUCCGAUUUAUAUCCGCAUGCAAAAGAGGCCUGGGUUGGAUUUGAAAAAUCAGAUUUGCACUGUUCACACUUACAUGAAAAAAUCAGAUAUGUGUCACAUAUGGUUAAAAAAUUGGAAUUGACCUGCAGUGUGAACGCAGCCUUAGAGUGGCUCUUUAUUGUGGUCAGUCUAAGGCACACCUGUGCAAUAAUCAGGCUGUCUAAUCAGCGUCUUGAUAUGCCACACCUGUGAGGCUGUGAGGUUGAUGGAUUAUCUCAGCAGAGGAGAAGAGCUCUCUAACGCAGAUUUAGACAACAAUAUUUGAGAGAAAUAAGUCUUUGGUGUGCGUAGAAAAGGUCUUCGAUCUUUGAGUUCAGCUCAUGAAAAAUUGGAGCAAAAACAAAAGUGUUGUGUUUAUAUUUCUGUUCAGUGAAUGUGAAUAGCCUAUAGCAAUGCCAAAUGUGUACUUUAAGUACUUUGUCCUUGAUAUUACCGUAUUUUUCACACUAUAAGGCCCACCAUCAAUGAACGCGUCUAUUCGCGUCUAUUUUCAUACAUAAGGCACACCGGAUUAUAAACCAUAUUAACUUAAACAAAACAGUCAGAUAAGUCAAACUUUAUUUAACUCAUUCAAUAACUCCGUGAGCUGCAGUGCUCCGACAAGUCAAAAGGAUUUUAAGUGUGCCUUAUAAUGACAAAAUUUGUAUAUUUUCCAUUUUACAACAGAAACACUGAGCACAUCUUCUCUUUUCCAUCAGAAACUGGUUAAUCAUCUCUCAUGAAGAAGAAAGAGAGCAGAUUUUACAGCUCAUUUAUCCUGGCCCGUGUUCUCAUACAUUACAUUUAACCUUACAUAACAGCAGCAUAGUGAGCGUGUCAGGAUGGGUCACUUAACCAGCGCAUCAGUCUGGAUUUUUUUUUCUUUUUUUUAAAGAUAUAAAGAUUUUCUUUUUUGUGUCAUCCCUGCUUCAAAAUAACCCACGACGUCACGUCAGAGGGGUCGUGUGCAGGCUUCAAAGCCCGCAACGCCACGAGCUCGUGACACAGAGUCACACUGUGGAAGCCUGAAAGGGAUUUCUACAAACAUUCAUCCAACCAGACUGAUCAAAUAGUAACACAUUGAUAUUUAUAGAAAUGACCCGGGGGAGGAACGGCUGAGGCAUGGAGACACGUACAUCCUGUAGACGAGAGCUGUCUCUUUUAACUACAGUCUUAUGCUGCUGCUGCUGACCACUCGGCUGCUGGAGCUGGAGUCGUUUUUUGGCUUCUGGGCUACAGUGCAGUGAAGCUGAUUCUGGAUCAGCUGCAGAAUCAGCAGUUUGAGGUCGCUGCCUGCUGGGAACACAGACGCAGGAAAAUUUGAUCUUUUCUGCAGGAAAGUAGCUGAGAGAGAAUUCGAGAAAGAUGUCUGAAAUGGAAAUUUUCUGAAAAGUAAAGGAAACACCUCAGGUCUCUGUUGGUAGAGAUAUAUAUUACGUUUCCUGAAAGCAGUCAUUAGUCAUAAAACUGUAAUUAGCUACAAGAAAAGUGAGUGGCACCUUUUUAAUGGCUCUACAGAUGCUCAAAAACAAACAAAAAACAGCUUAUUAUUCCCUUUAUGCCCACAUAUGGGAUAACAAAUUGGUGGCUGCCAGUAGCAGAGCUAGCACCCCCAGCCUCCAGUCCUCCUCACAGGUAAAUGUCCACACACCUGUGCUGGUUUCACAUUGCUCUGGUUAAGUGGUAGUUUCCACUUUUAGACCAAAAUACAAAACGACACCACACAACAAGAUGCUCAAGAUCAGUCAUCUGUGCUUGUUUGCAUCCAGGUAGUAGAGCGUUAAAGUCUCAUUGUAGCAGUGGCAGCUGAUGGUCUUUCAAGGAGGGGAAGCUCAUUUUUCUGGCCUACAUCAUAAUUGUAUUUGUUUAUUUGUAUGUAACAGAACAGAGUCGCCAAACACAACGGCAGUCGUUUUUAAUAAAGACAGAAGUCGCUGAGGAUCGGUAAAGUCUCUGGAGCAGUUAAGAACAACGGAAUGAGUAACUUGGAAAAUGCUCUGGUAGAUGUUUUAUUCUUCAAGAUCGCUGAUUCGCUUGUUUAGCUGUCAAUCAAAAGAGGAUUUCGCCUCAGACAGCUCAUCCAAUCAUGGAUGCAGAAGCUCGGAGUCCGGGAGAAAGUUGGGACCGCCCUCUCGCCAUAGAACUCCAGUGAAGCUCAGCGUCCGAUGGGCGGGACAAAGCCCAGCAUUUAUCCAAUGAGCGUCUAGUUUCGCUGCUGGAACAACCCACUUUGAGCUUCCACAUUGAAGUCAGCAGAAGCCGAGCGUCCGGCUGUUUAAAGCGCUGAGGCGCUGCAAGGAUGAAUGAGAACGAAGUUGUGCAGAAUCAGCUUCUUAUCACACUGUGAUAAGAAGCUGAUUCUGAACAAAAGAUGAAGGCUUUCUAGUGCGUAUUUAGUUAAUGAAAUGUACACACAGCAGUACGUAUUUCACCACUUUUUCUUUUUUUUGGGGGUGACAUUUUAAGGGAAGCUGAGCUUCCCUUGCAGUCUUAGAGCAAUCGCCACUGCAUUGUAGUUACCUUUAACCAGAACUACAGUCCUAACUAAUGGAGGGAGGGCUUCACUACAGCUUUGACUCAACAUAUGACCAGGAAAUUCAGGCUUAUAAUGUAAUAGAUAAGAAUUACUGGGGUGAUGCAUCUGAUCCUUAAGCUAAACUUACACAAUAUGACAUGACAUAAUUUAAUAAAUAAAUGGUGAUAUUUAUGUCGAUUUGGAUGUCAAUAUCACCAUGAUAUCAUGUCUUAUUCUGGCCAAUAACUGCGUCAUAUUUUGUCAGUAAACAGUUUAAAGUUGAGAUCACUUUUACUUCAACUUUCGAGUCGAUGUCUGGUGGCAGUGCUGCUGACAGAGCAAAAAACACUUUUCUCCUAUUAUGUCAAUAUACACAGUAAUUAUGGUUCCACCUGUUUUGAGACGUUGUUUUGCCUGGAGGAUAAUAAAGGCUGUCAGUUAUUGUUUGAUAUUGUUUGUGAGGUAGUUACUUUAUUGCUGCGCUAAUCUAAUAUCUAUCCAAUUGCUUGGAUUUUAAUGCAAAGUUAUAAUUACAGAAGAAGAAGAAGAGGCCUAAAGGCUUUAUAUUAUAGUUCUCAAACACACAAGGAUGCUGCUGUACCGUGAUGAUAUAUAUUGGUUUUGUGGAUGUAGGCAUGCAUAAAUGAGUGUGUGCGUGCAUAUAUGUAUGGAUGUAGGUUUAUUUUCAUAUACUUUAUUUUAUCUCUAUAUGCAUAUCCUUAUAUUACCUGUUUGGCAGUGUAUUUUCUGUGGAAAUUUGGCUGCAAAUGCAAGAAAAACUUUAAGAGUGAGACACUGCAGCUUUAUGUGUGGCAUAAAUAGGUUAAGACAAGUUAUAAGAAUUGAAAUGCAAAGUUGAAUAUGUUUAAAAAUUAAUUAAAAGAUCAAAAGCUAAGCAUAUCUAUGAUAAUAAUAAGCAGUUGGUGUAUGCAGUAGAAAUAGCACUUCAGACCCGUUUGUUCUCGCUUCAGUUUGAUCUGUUUUAAGUAAGAAUAAUGUUGUUUUAUUAAAGUAGGAGUUUGCUGUGAAAUCAUUAUACCCUGCGGCGCUAAAGUAAAUGUUUUAUUAGCGGUAAUCUUUCCUCAUGAGUCAAAUAUAAUAACAUAACGCAGGCUUUCUAUUUAUGUCUCCCAAAAAAAAGAUGUGUAACAGCUUGAGUCAAAGCUGAGCUGAGCUUCGUCAGCGUUUUAUUGAAUUUUCCCUCUUCACGUCGCUCGUGAUGCAUAACUUACCAAUUUACUGUGAGCCAGGCAGUGCAGAAAAUCCCAAAUUGAAGCAAAUGAAAGUGUUGACUUUCAAAUCUGAACAUGUAGUUGCAUGCGACUGUGAGCCCUAGGUUAGGCCUUGAAAUCCCACCCAGUGUUAAAAAAAAUGUUGCUUUAAUACUUUAAUGGUGUUUUUAUUGCUCUAUCUGGUUAGUCGAUGCAUUUUGAAGAGGUAAAUCAUGUUAAAUUUAGCACAUUUCCACUGUCCGGGUUCAAACCAUGACAGAUCUGCGCCCCUUUUUUCAUAACUCACCGCGUCACUCCUCACUUCAUGAGAGGAGCUUAAUCUCCACACUGUAGCCGUUGGUAAAUCUGGACAAAUAGCUCUUCGUUCCACACCGAUCACUGGAUUUAACAGCUCGUAUGUCCGUGACGGCUCUGCUUCAUAUAUCACUUUGACCUCAGGUAACAGCGGCGCAGUUUCCCCAUCACAGAGCUUUUACCGUUCUGGAAAAUAUUAAACUCAUAUGGAAAUUACAAGAUGAAUAAAAGCCCUUAUCCUCUCCUUCCACCUCUCUCUGUCAAAUUGAUCUUGUGGAAAUAUGAGCUGUGGCUAAAUUUAAAUCACUUUAUGUUAUGAAGGGGGACAGUUCCCCUUUUCUGUCCUGCUUUCAUCUCGCUCUCUUUGUCACACCUUUUCUCAUAUUUCUAAUUAGCAAUAAAAAAAGAGGUGAAUGCGCCCCCAGCUCUCCUUCAUUGUUUUCAAAGCGCUCCACUCUCUUGCUUUUCUAUCUGUAUUAACCUGUUUAUAGCUGGUCACGACUGGUGUGUGCCUGCAGAUUCGUGUGUGUGUGUGUGUUUCUGUUUAUGCUUGUGUGUUAAAUGUGAGCGCACUUGCAAAAGCUGUAACCCAGUUUUCACUGUCACGCCUCAGCAGCUAAUGAGCAGCGUGGAGGCACUGCUAGUUAGCGAAGCAUGUGUGGAAGUUCGUGUGUAUUAUUGUGUUUAUGAGUGUGAGUGUGUGUGUGUCCUGUAUAAGGGGAAAUAGCCAUUAGCAAUUAUCCAGACGUCAUGGAGCCAACACCUAUUUCAGCACCUCAGUGUUGGGAGCAGUGAGCACCAUAACACGCAGCUUAAACACACCCCCACACAGGCAUUUUCAUACGCUGUCACACUUGGCACCCACUCUCAGACAAAGGGAGACGGUGUCAAAUGUGAAACACAAAGACAGUAUAGCACACACACUCACACGCAACCUAUAUAUGCGUGUGAACCCAGCCAUGAGAUGUGUUGUGUAGAUCAGGCGUGCUCUCUCACGUCAAAGCUGCUCCCCUGAGCGAGACACCCAACGCUCAGCUGAUGUCAAAUAUCAUUAUGCUGAGAUGUGGUUGUGUAACUGUAUACAUUCAGCUGGAUUUGGCUUAAAUUUCAAGUGUUUAACUUCAACUUUAUGUUAAGACAAACGUUAAGACAAAGAUGUAAAGUAGAAGGCUUGUUUUGUUUCUGUUAUUCUUCCUUUUUAUAGCGAUGAAAUGUGAUUUUAAUAAUAUGAAAUCUCAGCGAUAUGUACUGGUAUUAUUUGUUCUGUUUCUUUCCGAUGAGUUGACCCACCAACUUCUUGUCAGCUAGCAAAAGUCAGUGGUCCUGAACCCCCUAGUACAGAUAUCUGUGUCCAAGUUUGAACACGUACAGGUGAGUAUAUCAAGUUUGAAUAAUCUGAUACUGAAUUGCCAGACAACAGGGGUUAAGGGUCAAGAGAAUUGGUUACUAGAGCUAAAGAUAAGGAGGAGGCGAAAUGCAGUUCCUUUGAGUGUUUUGGGAUAAAACAUACAAACAAACAAACAAACAAACAAAAAUAGUCAACUCUGAUAGUCACCGUCUUCUUCUCAAAGUAGUUGUGGUACAUACAGUCAAAGUUUUAACUGUGUUCUGUAACAGGCUACUGAUUUAAAUUAAUACUAACGCCUCUUUGUGACCAAACAAGACCAUCAGGGAGAAGUUUGAGUAUUUUUUUUAGGCAUGCCCCGAUAUGAUAUUGAUAUUAGAUAUUGGUCCGAUAUCAGCAAAAAAACAAAAACAAUAUUGGAUUAUAUCUGCAUCUAAAAUCUCCAAUAUUGGUACUCUGAUACAAUAUUGGUACUCUGAUACAAUACCAAUACGACGGUUUCGGUAUUAGGAGUAAAAAAGUUGUAUCGGGACACCCCUAAGUAUUUUUAGUAUUUGUUUUUAAUGACUGGAGAGGUUGAGAUUUUUGUCAGAAAACGCCACUUACACAUGCGUAGAACAUGAUUAGGGAAGAGGUAGAUAGGUAUCACUUUGUCCAGAGGGGGCGCCAAACUUUAUAGUUAGAAAUUUCUCAGGAGCUGGGAACUUUUUUGUGGGGACUUUUUUAAAUAGUAUCAAUUUAUUACGAAACCUGUAAUGGUAACAGUCCCACCAAACAAUGUGGAAUGUAAAAAAAAAAAGUAUCUGAGUGAUCACUUUCAUUGACUCCAAAUAUUCAGUUAUUUUUCUGGUAUGUCUUAGACCUUAUUUAAAUGCCGUACAGGUUUAUUUCUGAUGUCAGUAUUCUGGAUGGUAGAAAUGAUGAGUCAGAGUGAGAACUUGUUGUCGUGUCGUAUGGUUUGACCUCCAAAAAUAAAUCUUGUUGUCGAAUUAAAUGACCAAUGUCCAGAACCUUGAAAUACUUAAGAAGUUCAUAUCCUCCUUUAUGCUUCUCUCAGCUCAGUGAGCAGGAUGUUGACUGAAAUCAUGGAACCAUACGCUAAAUGGUGAAAGCUUUUACUCAGGUGCAUUAUACUACCAUUUAACUUCAUACAUUAUUAAAAUCAUGGAAUCCCAUUGGAUUGGACUCAGGCUCCCAGUCUUGGUAAUGUUUCUGCCUUGCUCCUCCCAUUAACCCACAAACAUAAAAACCCAAAGGAAACUUGUGUAAUGAAAAUUUAAACCGGUCAUAAAAUGUAAACACAAUGCAGCUCACUUUUAAAAAAGAGCUGUUAACAUUCAAGUGCCGACAGCAUGAUGCACUCAUACAUUACUACUCUGUGUGGCAAAUGUGGUAAAAAUAAAGUCACAUGUAAGCACGAACAAAGACUGUCUUCUUCCAUCUGGUCUGAAAACAGGCAAUUUGAUCAGAGACCUGUGUGUUAACUUGGUAGACUCUUGUUAUUAAUAGAUGCUGUGUUCUCAUUGUCUGUCCCUGUUAUGAGUGAAUCUUAAUACACUGAUUUGGUCUGUGCAGCUGGGGCUUGGCAGCAGCAACAACAGAGUAAUAUCGCUGUAUGGUUUCCUUUUUAGUGGAAAGGGUUGUCUGGAGCUCUUUUUGUAAUUGGUGGCUUGAGACUACAGGAGAAUUGGAGUUGGGUGACCUCUCAACUAGCCCUGGCAAGAGUUUUGCUUCCAAAUAUGGCUAAUUCAUACUUUCACUGCAUUUUUAUUUGUCUGAGAGCUUGGCACACGGGAGAGUACACCAUCUUCUGAUGUUGUCUUUCUGAUCUGAUGUCUGGCUUGACAAGUUUAUCAAAGAGCGAACUCUCAAAACAUGAAAAGUAACACCCACAAGCUGUUUCUAACGUCACAUCACUCAAAAAGCAGUAAAAAAGAAGCGAUUCAGGUAGAGGUUGAAAUGAGGGUUUUUGUGAAGCCCUUUAUACAGAGUUUUUUGAGCUACAAAUCAUGCAGAAAUCCUCUACAGGUUUACUUUAAAGUCAGGUCUGAGUCCACCGUCGUGAGGACUCAUGAAGAAGUAUACUUAUACCAACGUUUUAGGGCUCUACCUCUGAAGCUUUAUGGACUGAAAACAGAACGACUGCAGGAAAAUGAUGUAAAGAAAAGGACUGUCACUAGGCUGUAAGAUCAGUCAGAGUCUGAGGUGCCAACCUCCCACACAUUCACACUCACACACACUCAGUGCAUAUGUUGCUUCCGAGCUUGCAGCUAACGCCUGUCCAGGUGGUCGUCUGCUGUUUGAGGCAAAUAAACUCAGACUACACAAACAGUGCAGCAGUUAAACCCUUGCAGAUAACUCCACAGGUGCAUUUUUACAUUACUAUCAGUGCGAGCAAAGGCUAAUAAACUAUCUGAAUCUGUCUUGAAGAAAAAGACUGGUCACAGUUGUCAAAUCAUUCCCUCUGUUCGUAUGUGAGGCAAGAGCAGUCAGAGACAAUUGAAUCAGCUUGAAAUUUUGCAAAUUCAAAGUCUCUUUAGUAUAAAAUUCCCUCUAUGAGAUUGAAACACAGUGGGGUGAUUGUAACACAAGAAAGAGAAUUUCUCUCAGACUUUUUGAAGCCUCACAGCAGCGACUCACAAAUUUACCGGUUUUGUUCCUUUUUAAAAUGAAAAAAACUUUCAAAAGGAAACUUCUGUGGUCAGCGAACAUGAUAAAAGAAAAAAGGAAUAAAUAUUUAGGAUAAAUACAGCCAGACUUUAAAAACAUAUAACCUACUUUAAAAGACUUCAUGAAAGCUCCAAAGCGAAAGGCAAGGGUUCAGACGGUGGACCUGCUGAAAUAAUAAGCUUAUUUUGCUUUUAACUGGAUGCACCAAAGUUUGUGGGGAUUUUCUUUGAGAAAUGUCUGCAAACAGAAAGUGGGAUUCAAGGCCUUUUAUCUUUCAGUAUAUGCAGUUUCUGUGCAAGCAACUUGUUUUCCAAUGCCAUGCUCAGUCGAAAGGACGCUUUUAAACUGCAGAAAACUAUGUUUGUCUCGUAGUCAGACUCGAUCGACCUUGGUUACAAAAGCAUUUUUUUAACGUCCUCCUGAUUUGAUAAUCGCACCUCAAAAAGUAUGAGUCACUGUCGGGUUGUCUUAAAUAAAAGUGGUGCAUUUAAAGGGACAGUUCAAUGUUUUUGAUGUACAUUAGGUACAUGUCAUGAGUGGGUUAGGUGUGUGAGCCACAAAGCACACUGUUUAACUCUGUUUAUAUGCGGAAAACUGUAGCCUAGCUUGUGUGCAGGUCCUCCUGGCUGUUCUUCAUAUGACCAAUUAUUCGCCAUGGCUUGCACACACAUUAUGACAUGUAAGCACAGACGUAAUUUUUCAAAAGCCUGUUUUGGUCCCCUGCAGUUUUAACCACCUGAAAACAAUGUUACUUUACGCUAUAGCAAACCGAUACACGUCAGGCACUAGGACCAAACGGCUGCUUAAGCCGAAAACUAGUUUCCCUCAGUUUGGACCGCCCACAAGGUCCUUGAUUGGCUCUGCCGCAGGGCCACUUUUUGUGUGUGAUUGGCUAUCCCUGCUGUCAGUAUCCCAUGCCUGCUGGACGAGUGUUCUGCAAGUUACUCAUAAGAGUCAGUCAGUGAAAAUCGCUAUUCGCCGAUGUAAGUUUACAGGAGGGCGGCGUUCACUUUCCCUCUCUGUACAUCCCUGUAUCAGGUUUGUACUUCCAUUCACCUGCUGGCCGUAUUGCCUCUCCUGUUACUGUGUGUGUGAGAUAUUCUGUUUGCUAGGCUAUAUAUCUCAACAGUUCUCGAAUCACAUGUGUACCCCCCACCUUUGAAAUCAAAACUUCGUCCAUGCAUGUUAGUCACACAAUCCUAUUUUAAAAUACCAAAAUAUCCCUUUAAACUCAUUAAAACCUGUACCUUUAGAUAAGAAAUUACCCAGUCAUCAGCGAAGUGAGAGUAAAAAAAAUCGUUCGUCUAAUUCUGGCGUUUAACCACUGUGAUUUGAGUUUGUAAGCAAUGCUUGGACAAGUAUAGGUCAAGAAAAAUCUUCAUGAUUUCACAAAUAGAGAAAUCCAGUUAAUGAGAAAAACCACUCUAGAGUUACUGAGCAAGAUCGACCAUCAAUAAUCCAAUUUGUCUCAAUGCGUUAAAUUAGCCUCCUGCCAGUUAGCAGCUCCGAAUAAUUAAAUCAAUUAUUCGCCCGGCCUGUAACUGGGAGCUUUGAGUGAACAAAUUGCAGGUUUAAUAUAAACAUCUGAUGAAUUUUUUAUCUUGACCUUUGUAGGCAGGUGGGAGAGGAAAAUGAUUAGGUUAAUGAUGUCCAAAGUGCUGGGUAGAGACAGAUUCACUGUGAAUACUAAAACUGUAAAUUACAUGCUUGUUGAAUUUUAAAUUUGGUCGCAUUAAGAGACAAACACGGUAAGAGAGGAGGGUGGACAUAUUGCAUGUUGUAUGACAGCCACCUUCUUGAGUCGUAAUGCAUUAUGCAAAUGAGUCCCGCCUUGUUGCAUGAAGGGUAAACAUGUAAAUUUAUAGUCUACCUCUGACUCAGUUAAUCUCACAGUGCUCAGUAAGAUUACAAACUCGAACAACCUGAUAUUUUCCCCUUUGUCUUCACCCCUUUCUCUUUUCCAUUUCUCCAAAGUAAUGCUGCUUUUUGCAAGAACCCCAGUGCUAUUACUGACUGCAGUGACUUAUUGUUAAUACCAUACAGGCGCUUGAGUCACUUCUUUGUGUCUCUCACUCUUUUGUCUUUUCUUGGCUAAACAAAAUCUGUGCACAGAAAAAGACAGAUCCCGGCUGUUUAUGGCAACGUCUGUGACCUUUGCUGGCUCGCCGAUGCUGCUGGCAUGGUCGCAGGACUGGCUUUGACUCUCUUGUCUGAUGGGAUUACAAAAAAGGAAGAAAAUGAGCAAUUUGGCAGUGGAAGAUUUGACCGGGACGAGCAUUUUAAAUGUUUAGAAAAGCAUCUAUCCUGUGAACUCUCAACUAAAUGUGAGGAAUUUCUUCAUUAAAGCUGAGAAACUCGUAUGAGCCCCCCCUGAUGUUGGAAUUUGACCCCAGACCACCUCUUUACUCUCCUCUAGGUCAUCUCUGUGUAACCUGUUCAGUGCACAAAACAACAAAAGUCAGAGGAUUUAUGCCUCCAUUUGGUUUUAGGGCAGAAAGAGGAGAGCAGAGGAUUCAGCUGAGAGGUUUUUGUGUCUCUCCCACGUCAACAUGAACAUUUUACUGCCUCUGUAGGCACAUAAAGCUCACAGCAUGGAGGUUAUACAACAAUAAAUCAUAGAUUUUGUCCUUUAGGUUCCUAAAGAGUUAUUAUAUAUCCAAACAUUUCUGUGUGUUUGUCUACAUUUCCAAACUUGGUUUUUAAAAUCUUUUAUUCUAACAGCAACAAAACAAAAACAAACUGAAGAAUAAAAGUCCAAAAUGUGGCAGUGUGCAGUGAUUUAAAGAGUUAAACUCUGAAAACAGUAGUCAGACAAAAGUAGGAAUAUAAAGUGCGUACAGCAGCAGCAGCUCUGUGAUCUCCCUCAUACCGUGGGCCACUUAACAAGUCCUCCACUGCAGCAUUAAAGUAGAUGAGUGGUUUGGUUCUGGCAGCUGCAGGCGGUGCUGUGACAUGAGUCGAGACAAACAUCGGCUCUCCAAAAGUCACUCUCACCCAAAACAUUUCGAAUCGGUCCAUAAAGUGAACACGGCUGCUAUCCAUCACACUGUUUAGUUCUGUGCUUUAGGCACAGCCAGCAGCAUGCCGCGUUAACCUGAAGACAGAAAAGUUUGCCUGUUAUUUCUGAUUGACUGUUUUAACUUCAGGCUAGAUAUUUUAUGGAUGAGUAGGGAUGUGCAUGUAGGUGGAUAGGAACAUGUAUAACCUUAGGGUAGUUGUUAGGGUGGAAAAAUAGAAACCAAACCAAAUGGGAUUAACACUUCAUACAAGUUAGGCGAUUGUUUGACUGAGUAGACUCUUUUCCUGCCAUCGUUUUUACCCUUGCACCCCGUCACCAAGUGUUUUUAGUUAUUAGACAAUGAUUUAUAAAUGAUUUACGUAACUUGUACAUCAAAUGAGACAAAAAAGUGCCUGAUAAGGAAUGUGAAAUACAGCCUUCAUCAAUGUACCUCAAAAUUAAAGGACCGAGUUUGAUCCCUACGUAGUUGAGAGUGCACAGCACUGCAGAUUGGAGAUGCCGACAGCUCAAAAGAUGCAAAACAGGAGCAAACUGCAGAGAGCUAAAACUCGAUGGAUGCAAUGUAAUUUUAAUUUAUAGAUUUAACCAUACAUAGAUGAAGUCUCUGUGGUGUCACCCACUAGUUUUGAAUAGUCGUUAUGCCCGAAAUACCCUACCUUCGUGCGAUAACUAGCUAUUCUGUUCACCUCAAUCGCAGACUUUAUUCCAAAAAAGAUGAAUUUUUUAGUCUAAUCCAUGACAGCAACUCUUACCAAGAAAACCCAACAGUUGAAAAGCCAAUAAGAUUUCAGAAAUGAAUCCCUACCUGGCUAACUUAAAUAAAAAAUACACUCCUCGGUUUCCAUCAUCCGGAGAAGAAACUAAAACUCAGUGUCAACAGUGUGACAGUACACAUACAUGGACAUAUAUAGCUUGCAGCGUGCGCUGACAGGUAGCCUGGAAACUCGUGUCUUUUUUCUCUCUCCCCCUCUAAAUUAUCCUGACAGCUCUGUAGCCUUUCCCUUCACCUCAGUGGCCUCACCAGCUCUCUGUUCCCUCUGAGCAAACCUGCUCUGACACACGUUCUGUCUGCGGACCUGUAAGAAACUGCGUGUGUGUGACGGUUUAUAACAUCCACUCCGACUGGGUCUAUAUGUGGCUGUUUUUAAUUUUCUUAUCAGUAGACUUCACUUAGUGGCGGAUGCUGUCACAGGUCUAAGCAGAGGGGUUAACCUUGUUAAUUAGGCCAGUUAACAGCUAAGAUAACACGUAGAGAAAAGUCUAAAGAUUGAAGGUGAACACGACAGCUCUCGCUGAAGAAAAAGCUUGUUUUCCUCUUUAUUAGUCUUGACAAACUUGUGUAUCGCAGCAUGUUUGGCUUCCUACUACCUGCUCUCUGGUCUUUGUAGAUAACACACCACUGUGUUGCUACAGCUCAGGCCAUUGUUGUGAGCCUUUUCAUACGUUAAUUGUAUGCUGUUACCGUAGAGACCCAGUCUGGGCAGACCUCUAUCUGUACUGAAAGCCGUGCUUGCUGUAAUGAUUAGCUGCUGAUGGAUGGGACCCAACUUGACAACGAUAGAUGUUUAAGGCACACACAUACGCACACAAACACACGCACCUUUCACGUAAUUGUCGCAAUGUACAGUGUGUUUGUGUGUGGGGGCGGAAAGAGAUGUGCUGUAUGUGUAUGUGUUUGUGUGUGUUUGGUUGGAGGGUUUGCAGAGGUGUGUCUGUUUACAUUGUGUGAUAAAUAUGGACAGUGUGUAGAAGAGCACACACACACACACACACACACACACACACACACACGCUGUUUUCACUCACUCUUAAUUAACAUGAGUAACAAAGGUGUCCGUGCGUGUGCCUUAUUAAGUUUCUAUCGAGGGGUUGGUAUGUACACUGCUUAUUACGGUCGUUUAUACGCAUAAUAGUCGAGGGGGUUCGUUUAGCGGGUGAAAUAUCAACACUUUCACACUUUAAUGCGAUCUGGUUUCCUUUUACAGUCAGUGGUUGAACCGUAUAGAUGUGUUGCUAGGAAACAGGUAGUAAACAAAACCUCAACAGUGUUUAUUCUGGCUGUUUUUAUACAUAACACAUCAACAAUCAAGAGGGAUUCAGAAAGUUGGACGCGCCUCUGUUAGUCAGUGUGUUUACAUGCACAGCUUAAUUAGACUAAGCUCAUAAUUUUUUUUUUUUUUUGCCGAAUCGGACUUCUCUCCUCGUCCACGUAUACAUUCAGCUGAGAAAAUCAAAUUAUGGAUGUGAACGUGUCCUCCUCCCCAAAACUAGGGGGCGAUAUGGGUCUUUUCGGCAGCGCUACAACUGCUGCUGGGAAUUUUCGAGUUUUUGUCGUACAUGAUGUCCAGGCUACUUUUUCUGCAGAUGAGGUUCAUGCUACUCCUCUUCUCUGGUGUUUUUGUUGUGGGGUUAUGGGGGCGCGGCGCACUCGCACAUGCAUUGUCCGAUCAUACUCCGACUGCACUUGUUACAUGGAAGUGAAAAAUCGAAUUCCGAUUGCAUUAUCUGGUUGUCUUAAUCAGAGUUCGACGACUCCAAUCGGAGUUCUCAAAGUCCGAUUAUAAUCAGACUAAGGUGUUUACAUGCACUUCAGUUGUCUAGUUUUAAUCAGAGAAAGGCAAUAAUUCGGUUUUCUCGAGUGUCAUGUAAAUGUACCGAGUGAUUCAGUUCUUGUCCAUGCAUGUAAACUGGGACAGAGAUUGAGCUUUGACUGUAGCUUGACCUAACUGUGCAUGUAAAGGUACUGAGCGGCUAAAAAAGCACAGAAUGAAACAUGAAAUACUUCUGCUAUUACAGUGUUCAAUGCAAGGCUACUGCUUACAGGUGCCAUACAAUGAUACAACACAAAAAAGAGCAAAUUAACAUUUCAGUAGUCAGGCCUUGAGUCGCUUUUAGUAUUUAAGCACAGUGUCCACUGAUCUCAAGUGCAAUGUGGAGGCAUGGCUUAUUGGUUAUUUCUGACAGACUUGGUUACAGCUGUGUCUGCCAGGCGCCCAGCUCAGCUUAAAAAGGACUAUUUUCAGAGUGUGUGGGGACAAGACAGCAGAGGGGACUGGCCACAUGGUGAUUCAAGGAAAGCAGAGACUCUCGGUUGAGGACUUCACAGAGUUUGCAGAUGAAGGAUUAAUGUGAGAAACCAUAUCCGACAUCUUUGAGUGGAUUAGAAAGCUAUCAGAUGUCAGAGGAGAGUGAAAUAGACGUAUUAUGGACAAACAUGAAUGUAGAUCAAGUCAGAUGUUGAAAAGGUGUAAGUGCAUCUGUCUAUUAAGAGGAAGGCUUAUGUAAGCUUUCCUCCUUCAAGUGUAAGCAUACAUCAGCGAGCAGUCUAUGAAAAUGGCCUCUUCAGGUCUUUGCCCUGUUAGGAUAGAAGGAAACUGAAAAACUGCUGCAAUCAUCCUCAAAAUAUGUAUCAAUAAUUCUUCUUGCUUUUUUCUGACAGUUGCCAAGAAGUUGCCAGAAUUUACUGACUUUACUUGGUCUGCUGGAUUGUUAUCUGUAAAGGUCAGAUAAUUUCAUCACAUUUGUCAUACAGCCAAUAGAAACACUCUUAACUCCGAUAAUGAGUCAUAUCUGAAGUGUAUCCACAUACUUUAAGAAGAAGAGCAAAGUUUAGGGAGUUUUGUCUGCUGGUCCAAACCUGAAGAAGCAGCCUUACAGGCGACACCCAGGGCGGAAAAGUUUCAGGACGCUCAGCUAAUCUUUUAUAACUAUAAAGGCAACUGUGAUGACUAAAUCUGUCUCUGUAUCACAUCAGAUUUUUACACAGAGGGGUGCCCCUCUCCGCUGAGAUGUCUGUCAAACCAAAUACUCCGCAGCAUCCCCCCAUCCCCCUGAUGUCACCCUCUAAAGUCUUUAUUAAAUACAAGUUGAACAAUGAAAAAAAGUAUCCAAAUGCAGAACAAAAAAUGAUUUAUUAAAAAGAAAGAAAAGCUCCCUAUUUCCUGUAAAAAAAAAAAGGUAAAAACUCUUUUGGCUCGUCACCUCAUUCAAUUUCAAUUUCAAUUUCAAUUUCAAGUGAUAAUACUGGUAAUACUGAGCAGAUAACCGAAAUCUUAGCAUUACUUAAUUUGUAUUUAAUUUUUAAUUAUUUGUCUAAUUUAUUCUAGUUUUUUUCCCCUUAUUUUUAAUCUUAGUAUUUUACAGUUCCUUAUUAUUCAUAGUUCUCCACCUUUAUCUGUUUACCUAAUUCUCUGGCUCUUAAAUUAUAUAUUAAUUUCUUCAAUCACUCUAUAGAUUUAUACAUAUUGGUGAACUGUACUCUUAUACAGCCUUUGUUGUUUACCUUCUCAUUUGCCUCCUAAGGGUGUGAGGAUGGGUGUGGGGAGGGGGGUGUAUGUCAGGACCUUCAUUAUUUAUCAACAUGUUUUACACUUGAAAAAAUUAAUAAAUAAAGUUAAGCAUAACAAAAGGAAUGAAAUAAAAAGCAACAAAAACUUACUUCAGAAACACAAGGAGAAAAAAAUCUGACUAAAGACACUGGGGAAAAAAAAACACCAGGAGACGAAGGAGUCAUGCAUCGACUAACGAGCAACAGGUGCAGCAAACGAGACACAGGUGAAACUCAUGGCUGAUUAACAAGGGAGGGAAGAAACACAAGGACUCAACUAUAACAAAAUAAAACAGGAAUACUGAGAGCACAAAAUACACUUAAAUAACAAAACCAGGAGGAAACUAAAUAAACAGAACAUGUCAUGACAAAAAGGCGAUUAUAAAUGCAAUCAAAGUGGUUUUACAUGACAAUCCCCAGAGCCUAAUCCCUGUGAUAAAAAUCUCAUUUAUGCGAUUAUUAUUAUCAGUCUGGGAGGGCUGACUGAGAAGUGAAGACCGGGCAAGAUAGGCAUAAUGAAUUAUAUAAAUAAAUGUCAUUUUGUCUGCAUUUUUAGCCCACUAUUUCAUCUCUGCCAUCUCCUCUAGCCAUUUAGGUUUGGCAGUCCCUUAUAGCCUCUUUCUCUGUCUUGUUUGUAUGAUAUAAAAUACAACAUACCGCCCUCAUAUAGGCAGAGGCAUUCGUGCACAAACCGUCUCCACAGAGAGCUGUAUGCCUCUGAUGUAGAAUUUCAGCCAUUAUUAUCCUGACUGUAAUGUGUCCUAAUGGCCAGGAAGAGCUUUGAAGACAUGAAACUGUAAUAUGAUCCAUUAUGUACCUACAUAUAAAAGAAAUGAUCCUCAUUACCAACAUUUCUCUAAAGCCUGUGUUUAAAAAAACAACCUACUCCAGACUCGCUCCGUCGAAGAAAAAAAGGGAGAAACACCUGCAGCUGUCUUGAAAAGGGUUUACAUGAAAAGACUGAUUCCACUUUUAUGUCUGUAAGACUGAAAUCAGGGUAGAGAUCCUGCCUGGCUUUAUCACAGAGCAACUAAAUCCAUGUGCCGGCAUCUUUACAACUCGUUAUUUAUCAGCUAGAGCGGUUCACAUUACUGUUCACCUGUUUAGGUCCUGAUUUUCAACCUGUGAAAAAAACUAAAUCAGACUCUAUGAAGUUCAAAUUUCAUGUUGGUUUUAUGUUCUUGUCAUAUAUCUGUCGUAACAGCAAACUUAUGUUGACCCCCGAUCAAUUUCAGCCUCCGCAGACAUCUUUCAGUUUUAGAGAUCAAGUUUUGUCACACAGUGUGUAAUGUCACUGUAGAGGUCCACUGUCAUAGAUCUCGAAUGUAAUCCAAACCUGGAUGGCUGUGGGCAGAUUGACAGGAGAGUUACAUGACAGGGUAGCGCAUUACAAGGUGCAGAGAGUGUGCCAGUACAAGCCCUCAGCUGCUCGGACAAGAUAUGAUAAACUGCAAAAGGAAUAAAGUCAGAAGAGGUAACAUCUGGAAGAUAUUUGUUAUACAGUAUAUCUCAAAGUGUAUUCGAGUGUAGUCAAUUUUGCUGGACACUUAAAGGGAUAUUCUGGUGUAAAAUUAAUUUAGGGUCAAACACACCGUAACUCUGACUCAGACGCUCCUCGAGAGAUGAAUGUUGCCAACUGCUUGCUUCUCUAGUUGUAACAACUUUUUUUGGGGAUGAUAAUUUCUUUAUCAUUUCCUUGAAGUAAUAAUCACCAUAUUAAUCAUUUUGCACUGCAGACGCGGUAGUUCUUCUGCCUCAGCAACUCGGUCUGAUUGCAUUUCCAUGAAGUAAUGAUCAUAAAUGUUCUUCCUUGAGCUGCGUCACCCCGCUGUAGUCCGUAAUGGACUAGCUAUCCUGUGGUCGUUACUAAAGUUGGUAUAACUAGAGAAAGAAGCGGUCGGCAACAUCUCUUGAGGGGGUGUCUAACUCGGUGUUACGGUGUGUUGGACCUUAAAAUAAUUUUACAAGGAAUGUCCCUUUAAGGGUAAAAAUGCAAAUGCACUUAAAUCUAAACAAGUUUUUUCUUAUUUUUAGCAAAGAAAAAAUUGAUUAGGCUUAAUUUCAGCCCAAUCCACCGGAAAAGUCCUGAAAAUGACUUAUUUCAGGAUAUUACACAUUAAAAAGUGAGACCCAAGUUGAGAAAUAAGGAAAAGUAUGUUUGUCAAGUUCUUAAAGGAGAUGUUUUCUUAUGUCAAGAAAUGUAACUCUUAUUUAAAGAGACAUCAUACUCCAUUACAAAUAAUUGCGUUUCAUUUUUGCUGUGUAGUCUUGGAAUAAGCUUCAUUUCUAGACUUUUUACCAGCUACAAGACAAAAACACUUACCGAGAGCAGAGUUUUUUUUUAAAGGAGAGACUAAAUUAUACUUUCAUGCACAUCAGUCAUGAAUCCUUUUAUGCGAUUACUGAAUCAUCUUGAAGGUGACUUUGUUAAACUUACAAAAAUGAUCCCUUUUCUGUUUAUACUCCACACCUGCAGGCACAGAUACCCCAGCUCACACUCGCUGCUAAAACUUCUAUCUUAUAAACACUCACACUGGCACCAUAGUAAAGACAAACCCAGUUUCAGAACUUUAUAUAAUCUAUGACAAACUGCAUCAGUCCAGUAUCAUCCACGGCCCAAACACUGCCAUAAAAAAAACAGAUUCCAGCCACUUUAAGAGCUUCACUGACUGUGCGUGUUUGUGUUUAUUUGUCUCCUCUCUUCUCCAGCCCAAACGGGUUUCUCCAGGCUGUGUUGAGAUCCAGCAUCUUAUUUGUGCUGUUGCCUUCAAGAGGCAGUGACACAUUACAGUGAAGUAUGCCUGAGGCUUUAAUAACAAUAGUAAGAGCACCUGGGAGGAAGAGCGGCUUGUUAGGCUUCGUAGACACCUCAAGUUGCUGUUGUGAGAGAUUCAUGUGUGGAAGUGUGUGUGGAAGUGUGUGUUUAGGUGGGUUGCAUUAAACUUAAAAUGAGCCAUCAAGGGGAUAACAUGCUCAUUUCAGGUUCCUUUAAGGGAAAUCUUUCCUCCAUCAGUCUCUCCGUUUAAUUAUGUGAAUAUUUUCACGGACAUUGUUAGUUCCAAGUGAAAUUCACCCUCCUGGGUCUCCAUCUGUCUGUUUAGGACUACAGACAGCACAGGGUUGAAGGAAAUAAUUAAUGCGUGUUUGUGUGUGUGAGUCUGAGUGACAAUGCCAGAGGUAAAACUGUAAUGCGAUUCAAUGACAGAAGCUGCGGCGCUCCUGCUGGCGUUCCUCUCCGCUAAGUCAUCAGAAUUAAACAGCUCGCUUCAUUGAGAAAGAGUGAGAAUGAGUCACUUCACACUUCGUUUAUAACCAACCGUAGUGAACAGCCAAUUUAUAUUUACAUUUAAGUAAUUUACUCGUCACCUGUGCAGCCUUUAGAGGUAAUUUCGAUGAAUUUGUUGGUGAAAUAGCUGCUGUGAAAUGCUUCAAGAGAGGAACUAAUAACUGUUUUGCUGUCGUAGCGCUCUUACUUAAGGUCAAAAAGGACAGCUAGAAAAUAAGCAUAACAUCACCCAAAUGGUCAGUGUUGAACUGUAAGAGCUUGAUUGAUAUUUUUGCACCUUUUAAAGAUAAAUAUUGCUGAUGUGACAUAUUCAUCCAAAGGAAACUUGUUUAGUGCAUUUUGUAAGAGAGCAUCCAUUUUUUCAAAAGCUCCUAUGAGGAGUGUUGUCACCUUAUAAUUCAUGAUCAUGAUAUCCAAAAGCAAACCUGACCUCAGCGUUAAGAUUGCUGCCUGAAACUUUUAUAAAGGGGUUAGUGUCAGCUAAGCAGCUGAAGAAACAGUCCAGUUUUCACAUUUUAUUUUUCACAUGAAAUAUUUACACAAAUGUUACAUUUGGCUGUCAACAGUCAGGAGUUUGAUUUUUUUGGGGGGUUAAAUUUACUACUCAAAGGGAUAUUCCGGCUUAAAAUUAAUUUAGGGGGGUGACGCAGCUCAAGGAAGAAUAUUUACGGUCAUUUCUUCAUGGAAAUGCAAUCAGACCGAGACGCUAAGGCAGACGAACUACCGUGUCUGCAGUGAAAAAUGAUGAAUAUGGAGAUUAUUACUUCAAGGAAAUGAUAAAGAAAUGAUCAUAAAUGUUCUUCCUUGAGCUGCGUCUCCCCGCUGCAGUCUGUAAUGGAGUUGCUACAAACAAGCGGCUGCUGGAAGAGAGUAGGUAAGUUGUGUUUAGUCUCUUAGCUAAAGAAAUUAGGCAAAGUUAAAAAGAUGUUUGGUAGCUAGUGCUGUGGCUGGGACCCUAUACGUACUGUUGAUGAAGUUAGGUGCUGUUCUGAGCAUUAUUUGUGGCUAUAGAGUGGCAUUUUGGUUGAGGUUUGUUUAUGGCUCCUCAGAUCGCUGUGUAUUGCUAUCGUGCGGUCAUGACUAAAGUUGGUAUAACUAGAGAAGGAAGCGGUCGGCAACAUUCAUCUCUCGACAGGGGUGUCUAACUCGGUGUUAUGGUGUGUUUGACCCUAAACUAAUUUUACGCCGGAAUAUCCCUUUAAGCAAAGACUGCUUUGUCUACAGGAAGUGCCAAAACUGAUACAAAUGAUCCAAUUUAGUUGAGUUAACAUAUAAAAAGUUUACACAGUUUUAUAAAUUAUUUAUUGCAAAUAUAAUAAAACAGAUAUAAAACGUUGCUGAAGAGGUGAGUAUCCAAAAUACCUAUUAAUAAAAACUGCUAAUGAUUUGCAAGACAUGUAACCACGGUAACACAAAGUUCCUGCUUUACUGGUGAAAUGAGCUUCAUUGAGCUGUGAGUGUCACACCAAACAAAGUCUAUAUGUCACCCUGAUAGGCAGGUGGUCUGUCCAGGGAUCAGUCCACUUCUCGCCCUGUGACAGCUUGUGUGUGCUCCAGUCCCCCCACAGCCCUGAAGGGGAUAAGUGGUGUAUAUAAAACAGACUUGUAGAUGCAUGAACUUUUUACAGUAAGAGUCACUUUUUGUGCCUUUUUUACUUCGGAUCAAAGCAGCAACAGCUUGACAAGAUGUGCCGGUCUUACACCCAACUUUGAUUGCUAAACUCAAAAACCGCGACACUUUCUUCAAGAGCGUGUUAAGACCUGCGGAUGUGUACGCCUGAAACUGAAGCUUCUAUCCCGUAAGAUUGAACUACAGCCUGCGAAAUAGGAAAAAAACAGAAGAGUGUUUUGAGUCCACAGUCGCACCACGAGUAAAGAAUGGACAUUUUCCAUAGACAUUCAGCAGACGUAUGUGACCCCACUGAACUGUGAGAAGAAAGGGACAAUGAGAAAGAACAAAAAAGGCAGAAAAGAUGUUCCUAACAGAGACCGGAAAGACAAUUAAAUAAGUCAAACGAGGUCAGGGUUGAAGUGAGAAGCAAAAAGCGUAGUUUUUAACGAGUCUGUUCGUGACAUGAUGACGCAUUUGGCUUUCACUGGCGAGGUAGAAAUAGAUUUUCAGUAAUUAAACAACUUUUAGAUUUAGUUAGAAGUUAAUUUGGACAACUUAAUAAUGUCACAAACAACCAGAGUAUCAAAACUUACUGAAUCAACUAAUUAAUAGACGGCCUCAGGAAUGGAUCAAGCCUCUUUAUUCUAGAUGUAACAGUGAGACUGUGAAAUGAGAGAAUAACAACAUGAGCUUUAUCAUUUGGAGAGCAGCGCCUCACCGGGAAAACUGCCAAUGUAAAUUAUUCUGCUACAUGAGCAGCAGCUUUGUGAUUUAGUGCGCUAUACCAGACACCAAAAUGUCAUUUUUAAAGACCUUAAAGGAUACUCGGCGUGGAGCAGCGACAGCAGAGAGACAAAACGACAAAUGAUUAUUUUUUCAUGGAGUCUAAUUCUCUCAGUGUCUCAUUCGCUGGGAAGAAGCUGCUCCACGCACUGGGUUCAAAAUGGAGAAGAGGAAGGAACAAGUUGCUCUAAACUUUUGUGUGUAUGAAAUGAUGGCGGCUGAUCACAAAGACUACGAUUUAAUGGUGACUUCUCCGAUGCAUGUAAUGGGAACAUGCUCUGCUUUACCCAAAGAGCCGGAAAGAGUCUCUCCAACUUUUCUGAUCUUUAAAAAUCAAAUACACCAAGUUUGUACUGGAGGAGCCGAAAUGUGUGGGGUUUAAAAUAUGCGUAAGACCUGUGUAACUUGACAGAAGCUGAAUAGAGCUGUCAGAGAGGUGGGUAGAGAAAAAUACAGCUUUCUUACUGCUACAAAUCCCUGAAUCCAGAUGAUUCAUUACUAAAAAAGGAGUUUGAAAGUUAAAGGAAGUGGGUGUUUUGAUGUUAGAUUGUGUGACAGAUGGUGACGGUCCAAGAGAGAGUCAGAUCAGAGGCCAAAGAUGGAGAUAUCCUUCUCUGUGAAUCAUCGGUGAGCAAAUGACGCCAGCGACAGACAGAGAGCAGCAGUGGGGUGGGAUGGGGGUUCAUUUGGAGCGUCAGAUCGGACUGCUUAAUUAGUCGUCGCCUUUGACAGAAAACAUCUGCCUUCCUCUCGCCUGUUUGGCUCACUCAAACGUGGAAGAAGUCAUUGGCAGCAGAGUGUGAACGGUUUCAGGGGGUUGGAUCGUGGAUGACUCAACAGACUGCCACCGCUCUGAGACGGACCCAGAAGCCUGUCCUCAGCGAAUCUGAUACCAGAGCAGCUGCUACCAACCCGAGGAGUUUAUAAUUAAUGAGUCCGUUUAGUCAGCCUGAAGAGCAUUUUACCGCUGUAGUUUGAUUUCAUUUCAGAUUUAUGAAACGGGUCUUAUUUUUACAGCCGGAGCCAUGAUUCCCAUCUGUUAGGGCAGCACUGUACAGACGUUUUUGUAACAUGAGUAUCAUCUUUGUCAUUGAAGAGAGGAGACAAAGUUAGACGAACGAACUGAAGAAAAAAAAACCAACGAUUAACCAAAUAGUCCCAUUUUUUUUGCGGGACAAACCCCUGGAAGGAUUUUAUUUCCCAUGAAAAACUGGCUAACAGUACAUUAUCUAGUUUUUUGUCCAGCACAAACAAGUUGAUUUGAAGCUUAUUUCAUUUAUGUAAAUGUGAAUUAUGUAGCUAAAAUAGUCCCUCAGUCUUUCGUUGCGCUUUAAUGGCAGCUGUGAUGUUAUCAUCUUACUUAUAAGUCAAAUUACCAAUUAACUUAAAGCUCCUGUGGGCGUUUUUUACGUUUUUUUUUUUUUAAGGAAGUAGACUAAAAUUCAUACUGAUGCCUCUUUAUGACGCACAAAAGGAAACAACACCAUCAGCAUAAGAUAGAACAUGUUUGUAGUGUUAUUAUUAAUGCCUGACUCUGGUGCAAGGGGGGUAGGUGUCAUCUGAGCAGCAAAGAGACACAAUUUGCAUGAAAAAUAUUGUUUCAUAAAUUAAACAUAAUACAAGAAAUUAAUACUUUUCCACAGUGUUAACAGGAAGAGAUGAAGUUUUAAUGUGUAUUAUUGUGCUGGUCUGUUUCAAAGAUGGAUUCGAUGUGACUUGUUUGAUUAGGGCUGGGCGGUAUGGCCUCAAAUUGAUAUCACGAUAUAUUGAGCAGUUCACCUAGAUGACGAUAAAUGGACGAUAACCACUCCACAAGCUGCUCACCCCCUCCCACAUUAACUUCGUCAACUUCAGCCGCUCCUACUUCUGAACCGUCCUCCAUCUCCUCACCUGUCUUUCCCUCGUUGUUACGGACUGGAUGGGGUGGAGUCACGUCUCUGAUGUAGAACAGCGUCUUAAAGGGACAUGAGACCAUAGCCUACCUACACACAUCCAAAACCAACUAUUAUUUAUUUAUUUAUUUUGACACCAAAUAUACUGACAUAGGCAAAAUGACGUUGGUUAUUGUAGGUAAAUUUUGGGUUUAUCGCCCAGCCCUAUAUUUGAUGCCUUUACUGUCUUUUCUCCCUCAACCAUUGUUAGAGAGAUCAACCAAUCAGAAUCCGGUGUUACACAAACGGCUGAUCUUUGUGAGGUAUUUCUCUCCCGGAUUCUCUGUAACUGGUGGAAAUAUUUUGUGGGCGCACUGACAACCUAGGUAGAAGUUUUUAAAAUCCGUAGUUUCAAGUCGAAUAUAAUGACUAUCUCGCUUGAAUGCAUUUACGUGACUAAUCAGAAAUGGUAUUCUAUUAAAUUUUGAAACGGAGUCUUUUAAGUUGCACUUUUAAAAUAAUCCGCUGACCCUCGCCUUGAAGGCUGUACCUUUCAAUCGAAGAGUCUCCUUUUUACCUUCAGAAGCUUCAAAUGAAUCUCUCUGACCUUUUUAUCCUGAUUGUGAGCCGUACCUUUGGUCAGAUUGGAGACAAGGGAGGAUGGAACUGCAAAUUUACACCUUUGGAGUUUGAGAGAGAGAGAGAGUGAGCGUCAUGAUAUUAUAAAGGUAUAUAAAUGUAUGUAUAGGUAGUGUAUAUUUUUUAAACCUGCAUGUAUGACUCAAUAUUAUUCAUUUGUGGAGAAGCUGUGUAAUCGAUUCAGCAGAGGAAAUAAUUACUCCACGUUGGAAAAUGAUCCGAAGCAACAGAGCUGUUGAAGAUGAAAUUUGCGACAUAGAAAUGACACAAUUCAGGACCCUCCCUCUCAACCUUUUACUCUUAAUAUACUCAUUUCCCAUCAGGAAGGCAUUAAGUGUUUCCUGCAGAGGCUGUGAAUGAAACUUUUCAAACUCCCACAAUCUGCUUCAUCAAGCAAAAAUGAAAUUAGCAUUUUUUUCUCGAGAGCUUGUUUACCCUGCCAACCCCCACUGCUGCUGCUGCCGCUGCUGCUGCUGGUGUGUGUGUGUGUUACUAAGCGAUGCUGCGGAGGAGAGACUGAUGAGAGGAACAACUUCUGACUUAAAUGCACCAGACAGAUACACUUUUUUCCUCGCUUUUGCACCUGCACGGAUUACAGAAAAUGUCGGCAUGCAGUCCUUGAACACACUGAGUUGCAUUAAAAGGCUUAUUUGCUGUUUUAAAGAUAAAAUGUGCAUAAAAAUGUUAUUGACAUUCAUGACACAGCUUUCAUUGAAGCUGAUUGUAAUCCCUGAUUAAAAAUCAGCGCUCGAGAGCACCCAAAGGUUGACUUCACUGAGUCAGAAACGCGCUGUGGAGUGUCAUCUGUUUCUUCUGACACAUAUUUAUUUAGACCUUCACUUGGAUCGUGUGAUCUGGUUCAUGCCCCCUGGAUUCCUCUCUCUGUAGUCACUUUAAAUACAUCAACUCGAGUGUCUGACAUCAUGGACCUUUUCCUGAGGUGUCAACAAGAUUCGAGUCAGAUGGAGUAUGAUGGAACUGCAACAGAUAAGCAGUUCUGCUUUUGAGUGGAGUUCCUGAUUUCUUUUAUUUUUUGCAGGAUUAUUUUGGUAGAUGUACAGCAGGACCCGCUGAACUCCUCCGGUAAUCUUUGGUACUAAGAGUUAGUUUAUUUGCAAAGUUUCCAGGUAACAUAUGACUGAGUUGUCUGGUGAACAUGAACAACCUGAAACAGAAACCCUCAGAGAAAACAGAGAGAAGUUUACAGGCGGAAAGACCCAAGAUGCCGCUUUACACCGAGAGUUAUUAAUCACAGCUGCACCAAUCCAGCACUGUGCUUCAUGUGGGACUUUAGUUUUCCUCAUUCAAAAACCACAAUCUAGAGUUUCUUUCUUCCCUUUAUUUUUCUUUACUUUCUUUUUCUCUUUUCUUUCUUUCUAUUUUUCAUUUUUCUUUCUAUUUUUAUUUUUCUUUCUUUCUAUUUUUUGUGUCUUUUUUAUCUUUUUCUUUCUUUUUUCCUUUCUUUUAAUUGUUUUUUCUUUUUCUUUCUUUUUUCCUUUCCUUUUUUUUUGUUUUUUUCAUUUUAUUUUUCACGCUUUCUAUUGUUAUUUUCUAUUUUUCUUUCUUUUUUUUAUUAUUUUUUUUCUAUUCUUAUUUUCUUCUAUUUUUAUUUUUAUUUCUAUUUGUCUUUCUUUUUACUUUUAUAUUUGUCUUUCUUUUUACUUUUUUAUUUGUCUUUCUUUUAACUUUUCUUUUCUUUCUAUUUGUCUUUUUGCUUUUCUUUUUUCUUUUUCCUCUUUCUUUCUUUCUUUUUUUUUUCUUUCUUUCUUUUCCUAGACAAUGCGCUUAUGCAACAAAGCAAGAACAACCACAUUGAAACCUCCUUCCUAAACACCCAGUGUGUUUACUGCUUCAGAUUUCUUUCUCCCGUGAUGCUACUGUCUUGACUUGGUCGUACCUUGCUGUUAUGAUGGAUGAUGUGGAGCAUUAGUACCCAAAAUGCAAAACCAGACUGAGGAAAGACUGAACAGGUUUAUUUUAGAGGUAAAGUGGGUGAGGAGAGGGUCCAGAGUCCAUGAGAGUGUGCUGGGUUGUGAGCUGGUGAGAGGCUUAGGCACGGAGAGAGGCAGUAGAAAAAGAGGAGAGAGGAGCGAGGGUUAAACACAAGAAUCCAAAAACACCAAAAGUCUCACUAGAAUCACUAGAGUUCUUGAGAGGGCCGUUGUGCCACAGUGUGAAGGUGAUAAUACUCCGGCGCUGAGGCUUGUGACUGUAGCAGUCUCAAAGCUGUCUUGGUUGCAGAAUGGAUACUGGUGAGUCUACUUAGCCUUAGUGCCUCAGGUGGAAAAGGUGAAGUGAGAAACACACAACCCACACAGGAAACACGAUCCCAAACCAAAAUAAAAUAUGCAAAAUCCGUCUCACCACAGCUGUCAGCUUUUUGACCCUAAGUCCUUUUGCAUUUUUGUAAAUUUAAAAGCCUUAUUGAAUUUCAUAAGAUGCUAAAUAGACUAUUAGAAACAACAAACUUAAACAAUACUCAGAGGAUGCACCAACUGCAUAAGUCUGCGUAAAACUGGACCUUUAAAAAGACAUGUAAAUGUGUUUUUUCCACUGGAAUGGCACUUAAUAGAAUUUCAUUGUAGUUGCAUGUAUACACCUCAAUCGGACUUAGACUUGCAUAAACAAUCUGCAUAUGCUACAUGGUUAGCACAUCAGGCUUUACCUCAAAGUUGGCCCAAUAGUAGAGAGCUGCCAACCACCCCAUCAGAAGAGGACAUACACCCAGUUUCCAAACUCUAACCUUGACUUGACUCCACUGUGCAAGUAAACACACUGACUAAUUCAUCUCUCUGUUAUUAGUCACACUGAAAAGGAUCAUUUUCUCCACUUUGAUAGAAGUUGGCGAGUGAGGAUUCAGCAUUAAAGUUUGGUGAAGGACUCGUGUGUUGGCAGGGAUGGUCUGCAGUCACAGCUGUGUAGCUCUCGAUCAGCGUGUGCACACAAACACACAAAUCUCACUGCAUAUAGACAGUUAAAGCAAACACAUGAAAGGUGCUUCUUCCCUCUGACAUAUUGUUUUUCUCCUGUCAGCAUAAACAAAUGAAAAUAGUCGAAAAGGAGAUAUUCUGGCAGUAAUGAGACGCUUACAUGCGGCUCUCUGCUUCACUUUAGAGCUGAUAUAUGAGUUUCUCCCUGAGUUUAUCAUUUUUUAUGAUUAAACUGAUGAGAGAGCAGAACAUAGGAUAAAAACAGGACGUCCAAUUACAUCUCUGACUGUAUCUUACACACACACACUGAAAAGCACGUACACAGAACUCCCUUAAGCUAUCUUCCUGAUGGAGAGAGUGAUGCAUUCUGGGGGGAGCCCCAUAGAGAGCAGGGAGGAAGAUGCAUCUGCCGGGUCAAAGGUCACCCCAUGUCUGCUUACUGCCUUUGACAUUUAGAUUUUCUUCUUGGUCCUUGUGUAAUAUGUAACCAGACAAGUUGACUGAGAGCCUGUUUGUACUCACAGAAGGGCCGAGUCAAAUCGAGUCUCUUUAACCCAGUGUGACAUACUGUCAACCGAGGGUCUCCUGGGGGGUUACACCAAAACUGGGAGAAUAACAAAGUAAUCAAGAUCAGAGAGAGACAGCUGAAAGAAAAAAAGGUUAUUCAUCAGAUUACAUGAUAUUUUUAUGAAAAAGGAUUAGGGCCACAUAAAGAAAGAAAAAAAAAAUAAAUAAAGUCAAAAUUUCUAGAUUAAUGACAAAAUUUCUAGAUUAAUGUAGAAAUUUCGAGAUAACAAAAUGUCGUGAAUUGUGUCAAUAAAGUCGAAAUUUCCAGAUAAAAGGCGAAAUUUCGAGAUUACAAAGUGUCAAAAUGAUGUGAAUAAUGUCGAAAUUUCCAGAUUACUAAAAUUAAAGUUUUGAGAUUAAAGCCGACAUGAAAAAAUUUGACUUUAAUCUCCAAAUUUUAAACUUUAAUCUCGGAAAAAUCUUCCUCUUGUAAUUAAUUUUUUCUCUUUUUGUGGCCCUUAUCCUGUUGUGAAAAUUUUAACACUUAAAUUAACUAGAAUAAAAGUAUGGAGAGACUAGAAAGAAAAACUGAAAACAAAACAGCAUUACAAUAGACAGAUAGUUAAUAUAACUGCUCCUUGAAACGACAAAACCCAAUGUAAUCUGACAUUACAUAAUAACUGUGUAAUAUCUGUAACUGCUAGAGUAAUAUGCUUGUCCACAGGGGGCGCCAAAGUCAACAAAAGCAAAAAGUUCCUUAAAGGAGCUUUAAAUGAAGAGGAGAUCUAGACCUCAUUCAAAUUCAAUAAGUGAAUUUUUAUUAAUAUUAUUAUUUACUGACAAUAAAUAUGAUCAAAAAGUGACACUAAAAUAUAAACUUUAGAUUUGAAGUCAUAGCGGGGUUAAGAGAGGAGGUUUUUAAGACCAAUCCAGCACAUACACCUCGAGUUUAAGUUAGAUUAAAAUGUGUUCAUAGCAGUAUUAUUAGUUCCAGAUUAAUAAAUAAUUUCAGGAGGAAAUGAGACAAUUGUGACCUUUUCUUAAGUCUGGUAUCCAACGUUGAGUUGAGUUGAGUUGAGGAGAGACAUGUUCAAGCUGAGUCACGUUGAAGGAAGCCGCUCUGCUGUAGACGGUUUGGAAAAGUUCCUCGUAACCUUUUGUAGAGAUGCAGGACUGAUUAGGUGGACAUGUGUUUUCUUUGAAAUACAAAUGUAUUUUUCCAUUUGACUACUUCAAGAUAAGUGUGCCACUUUCACACUAUCAGGGGCCACAAAUCUCCUCUUUUGUAAACUCACUGUGCAGUUUUGUUUGGGUUUGAAGACAACCUCAUGGAAAGCUUUUGGCUCUGCUGUGUGCUGUCCUCCCAUAUCCUGAUCUGGCUGCACUCAUUUAUUUAAAACAGUGAGAUAAAACUAUUAGUGAAGAAAAAUAGAACAGUUUAGAUGUCAGAUUAGAAGGGGCUGUGUUUAAUAAUAAUAGAAACGAGCAUCCCUUCCACUCUCUAUUUCUGCUUCACAGCCAUACCUUUAUUAUGAAUCAGAGGCUGUUGUUAUAUAAUCCCUCAUGUCCAAACAUGCAAGCAACAGAACCAUCACUGUAAGGGUCAGUUAGCCCUGAGUAUAUAUGCUGAGCUGUCAUGAGGACCCUGUAGUUAUUAAUGACUGUUCCGCAUCUGUUUAAUAGCAGUUAUAUUACAGCUUUAUUUAUAGUUUCUAAAAAAAUAAUGAUGUUACCUAAUGUUUUAUGUGUAAAUGUUUGAGUGAUUUUAGCUGUUACAUAGCCAUUAAUCAAACAAUUUAUGUAGCGCCAAUUUACAGCAAGAGUUUUUUCAAGUACUUUAAAAAAAAAGCAGGUCUAGACCCGACUCUAGACCUGCUUUUUUGGAUUUACAAAGACCCAAUGUAAGGUGGGAUAAGAUUAGGGCUGGGCGAUAAACAGAAAAUUUACUGAUACCGAAAUUCACAACAAUAACUGCCGUCAUUUUGCCCAUAUCGGUAUAUUCGUUGUCAAAAACAAACAAAUAAAAGUAGGUUUUGGAUGUGUGUAGGUAGACUAUGGUCUCAUGUCCCUUUAAGACGCUGUCCUACAUCAGAGACAUGACUCCACCCCAUCCAGUCGGUAACAAAGAGGGAAAGACAGGUGAGGAGAUGGAGGACGGUUCAAAAGUGUUAGUGGCUGGAGCGGUGGCUGAAGUAGACGAGAUGUGGAGCAGUUAUCGUCCAUUUAUCGUUAUCGAGGUGAACUGCUCAAUAUAUUGUGAUAUUGAUUUGAGGCCAUAUCUCCCAGCCCUAGAGAAGAUUGAACUCUAUCUUGUAAGUUCAGACCCACAUGAGUGCAGCACUUUGCAGCUUUUGGUAAGUUACAGUGGAAGAACUUCCUUCAACAGGCAGAAACCUCAAGCAGAACCAGACUCAUGAUAGACAGUCAUCUGCUGAGUUUGCACUGAGUUUAGAGAGGAGGGAGAGAGAGAUGCAGAAAGGAAGAGAUAGACAGAGGUGAGAUUGGUAGGUCCACAGCAGUAAAACAUCUACAGCAGAGAUCCAGAGGAACCUACAACAUGAUGGAGUUCAGUCUGUGUAUGAGUGACUCUAUUCGGACAUGAUGAUUUAAAGUUAAUGACGCAGACAGAAAGAAGGUAGAAAAGGAAGGAAAGGUGCUUAAUGUGCGAGUAACUAAGAGCUGGCCCAGGCCUGAACCAGAUCUAUCUAUGAGCUUUAUCAAAAAGAGUGAGUCUUUGGUCUUCUUUCUGAAUUAAACCACCCACCUUAGUGUCCCAUGGUAAAUUUGGAUAUGUUUCAUUGACCCAACUAUCCACUUAGACUUCCUCACUAACUCAAGUUUGCUCUCUGCUCCAGCCUUAAAAUCCCACAAUUCAUUGAAAAGUAAACUUGUAUGUUUUAGAAGCAGUUUUCUAAAUCAGCUGAUGUUUUUUCUUGAGGGAAUAGUCUGCCCUCUGAAUAAGUGCGAGCAAUAGAGGAAAUUUAUGACUCAGAUUGUUUUCAAAGAAAUUUAUGAUAAACAUGGGAUCUAUUUCUGGAACAUGUUUUCCAGUUAAAGACGAGGAUUUUCAGAAGACAAUUUGUCCUCUACAGAAAAUUUAUAACGGUCUCGAGUUUAGAACACAGAAGUAGCAUGACAGCACUGACAAACUUUAGGACUUUGUGAGAAGUUGUUGAAGCCCCAACAACAGUUUUACUGUUCCACUGAACUAAAGCGGGAGAUCAGAAAUCUGUCAUGUGACACUUUUUGUCAUCAUGAUGGAGGACUCAGCAGAUCAAACAACACUUAUAUCUGGUUUUGGAAGCCAAUCACAGUAAUUUAUUAUGACAUUUAGGUCGGACAACAUCAUGGGAAACAUGAUUUUCCCUCUGUCUCCUGCUCCUUUAAGAAGACACAGUCUUGAUCUUGAUCUUUGACGGCAGAGUUUGAUCAGAGCUCUGCAGAUGAACCUUUUCAUCCUUUUCAUCUGCUCAGGGCAUGACUCAGAUUCUCUCAAGGACCUUAAAAAAAGCGAUUAUUUCAUAUUUUUUACCUUCAUUCACACACUUGAUCCUAUCUUAGAAAUGACUCCCUGAAUUCAGCUUCAUGCACGUGCUAAACCAUACACGUUUGCUGACAUUGAUUCUAAUAUUGACUAAAAAGCAGAGCAGGUAGAAACAACGCAAGAUGAACAUUGUUAGCACUAGCAGAGAUGAAACAAGAGAGUGUAAACAAACAAAGUCAAAAAGAGAGGAAGAGAAACGGACUGAUUUCAUCCAUGUGCUUUCAAUAUUUGGAUCUUGUAAGGCCAUGAUAUCACUGACACUAUGCUAACAGAUGGUGUUUCAGUGUUAUACCCCACAGAUGGGGGAACAUCUUUAUUUGCAGUGAACUAAAACAGAGAUGACGGCAUCUGAGGUCAUAGCUGCUUUUAAAUCUAAGUGCUUUCCUGUGCUGUCACCCCGCCAUCCACUUUGACCUGGAAAUGUAGGGCAGCGUGCCAUCGCUCUCUUACAUGAACGCAUGCCUGCACAACUCAGAAUAGAAAACAAAAAUGUACAUAAACCUACAUUUUUUCCUGUCUUUCAGCUGUGUCUCAGUGCGUGUCGGUACUAAGCUGUGGACCCCACUAUGAGUACGCCAUCGAGGAGUUCUGCCUCGCCAAGUUCAAACUGGACAUGCAGGAGCUGGACCAGAGACACUGGUGCAGCUGGGAGGACACAGUGGAGUGAGUAGCACACACAUGCAUUAACAGCAGGAAAUAUAACUGGAGCGUGAACAUACGACUUUAUGCAUACAAUGUUUUAUGUAUCAUGUGAAUAAUGCUGCGUUCGGAAGUCGGGUGUCAGAGCUGGUUACAUCCGAGUUGACGGUGUUCCAGUUAACAAGUCGGAAAACAAAGACGGAUGCCUACAGUUACCCGGGAUUUCCACUGAAUCCGGAAUGGCUCUGAUCCGGAACAUCGGCAAAUUCACUGUACGCCAAUUCCUACCAGAUCCGUUUGUGAGGCGGGUUUCGUGGCAGAUUACGGACAGCAGGGAUCACGAGAACUCACAAGAACUCACGGAUUCACGUGCAAUCGCGCGAUAACAAGUUGUCUUUAGCCACAUAGGCUAACCAUAUAAGCAGUAGAUUGUGUCCUUCCAGAGGAGGAAAUCUACUUCUAGACUUAUAAAAUCAGCAUCUCCUCAUCCAUGGUGUCAUUGGGAUGAAAUGCUGUCUAUAAACCUUUUACUUGUUCGUCUCCGCUCGUUUGCAUGGUGUAAAAUAUGAUCCCCCUGAAACAAGUAGCGUUUUAUUUUGAAAAGAAGUCAAAUAUUUUAUUUUGUGUCUGUGCCCGACUUCCUUUCCAGCACGGGUUAAUCUGUGCUGAAUUUAUCUGGCAUGCUCUGGCGUCCAGAAAAAAAAAAACAACUCUUCUGAUCUGCAGCGGAACGAAAAGAAGCCGGUGGAAAUUGACACAUUAACUUGAAUGGUUACAUCAGCUGCGAUCAGCCUUUUAGUAGCCAUUCCGAAUUCGGUGGAAAUUGGGGGUUAGUCUUUGUCAGCUGUUGUUUACUAUUGUCAGCUGUCGUUAGCCAUUGUCGGCGGUUGUUUGUUGUUGUUAGCUAUACCAGUUGUUUUACUCUUACAAUAACCAUAGCAACGUGUUCACAGUUAGACGUUGGGCAGUACAACAUCUACCAAUUAUUGAAUUGCACAAAAACAAAACAGAAGUGCUAAUAAAUAAUACAUUACGAGAGCUAUCAUCGUUACUCUUUACUGUUGAUGACUGUGCUGCCAUCUUGGAGUAUGACGUUGUCGUCAAAUCGGGGUUGGUGAGGAUCAUCCCACAUUCAGAGUCGAAAAUCCGACUUCGGGGUGAAUUUCAGAUGAAUUUCCAACUUGGAGCUCAGAGAUUCUGAGUUCCGAGUACAACUGGGACGCAGCAUAAGUCAAGACUAAAACAGAGGGUAUAUUUGUUGUGAAAAGAGUGGAUGUGUGGUUUCUGGCUGGAGAUUCUCACUACCCUUCCAACAUUUUGGGCAACCUCCAACAGCUGAUUAGAUACCGGGUGAGAGACGACAGAGAGGAGAGAGAGAGAGUAGGAGGAGGAACAGAGAGGGCUACGCAGAGAUGGGGGACAAAAACUGAACGUUCCUGGCAUCAGCAGAUAUCCUUUGUGCACGUCCAAAUGUCACCCUUGCAUUUACCGUGAGAGAUGCCACAGGUUUGGGUGCCAGUUUGAGUGUAAUUAAACAAUCACAUAAACACCAGAGAGCCUCUGUUUAACAAUCCAUCUACAAUUACCCAUCAAACUGCUUUGUAUUUAAAGUAAUACAAUCCCAAUCAUGAAAUACCUGGAUUCAAUCUGAUGCUGCCAUGGAGAGGAAACCCAAUUAAGCUUCUGGUCUCACGAGCGGCACUACUUCAAUGAGAGCAGUCGGCUGAGGCCUUUGUAACCGUACCAGAGAAUUUGAGGUUUUAGCCAACUGUGUCAGAGUUGGUUUGGACUCAACAAGAUGAGAGGUUAAUUUAGUUUUCAGAACUUAAAUCUUUUGAUAAGUCCGAACUUUGCGCUAAAACGCGUCAGUGUGAGUUUUUGAGUGGAUAAAAUCACACCCGGCAGAUGCACUCUUUCUGUCUGGAUUGAAGAACGAGUCGGAACCAAAACAUUUAAACACCACAAAGAUCCAUGUUUGGGUAUCAUCUGUUCAGUGCAUUCAAUUUCUACCUAAAACAUUCUGUAUGCAGAUGACAUAAUCAUAUAUGUUGAGGUUACAGCUUUGCCAAACGAUAUGCAUAUGCAGAGACAGCAAAACUUCAGGAACACUUGCAAAAGUCUAACAGUUGAAAUAUACUGCAGAUGAAAAAAAUGUGACGAAAAAACGCCAAAACAACUGCAUGAACAGCAAACAGGCUGAAAUAAAGGAAAAUGAAAUAAAAUCAAGAUAAAAUAAGAAUUUCUAGUACUCCAGGCCUGUAGGGGGCGCUGAGUGAUACAGUGUUGUAAGUGAAGGGUUUUCUGAUAGUAAAGUAAAGCACCAAUAAAAUUCUCAGUAGUGUGCACACUCAGAUAAAGAUGACUGCUUGGUCAGAGUCUCCUAAACUUGGCGAAAUUAUGUAGCCCCGUCUGCAGGAAACUGUCGCCUAGCUUGCAUCCUGGUCUGGAUGAUACACUAAAACAUGUGCCCCAUACGUCCUCAUUAAAAAGUACUAAAAUAUUCCUUUACUUGCAAUAAAAUAUUAAACAAAAUCAGUAGAAGAAAGCAAAAAAGCUGUGUAAAGGGGUGAAACUUAAAAAGCAGUCAAAAAUCUAGUUCUCUAUUUUAAGCCCCAAUGAGAAGUUUUUGUGCUUAUUUAGAGAGCAGACAAAUUGUUACUACAUCUAAGCUCUAAUACAAGAACAAUGAGUGCUUCAUUCUUUUAAAUGAGCAUACACGAAGGAAACACCGAGCUAUAGAGGAGGAUUAUUAACGAGCAAAGUAAAGUAACAAGUGUCAGGUGUCAACAGGCCCCUCUCAGCAUGUUUCUUCAGUCUGAUUAAUGAGAUACGAUACAGGGCGUACACCUUGUGAUACAAGCAGCGGGAUAGUGCUCUGUAGAUGCAAAUGAUUUUGGUGAGUAAAAUGCUAAUGCUGACAAAAUAAUUGAUUUAGAAAAGUGAAGGGAUGCAAAUAACUGUGUCCUAUCUGUGGAGUAGAGAGCGUUGUUUAAAUUUGUUGAAGGACAAUGACUGCGGCUCAUUAACUUCCUGCGGUCAUUCAGGGAAGAAUUAUUACUAAUACACAUGAUUAUUCUCCAAAUAUGUGUGCAUAUUUGUCCUUGAUUUGAGGAAAUACAAGUAGCCACACAAUGUGUCUAGAAGUUCCCUGUUAACUUAGAAUUAUCAAUAACUUUGAGUCUGUGUUUUUGGUCUGCUCUAAUCACUUACUUGAUUAUAAAAUAGAAAACUCCUAACUAACUAGAAAACUAACUAUGCUGCAGACAAGCACAUUUACAUGUAUAUAUAAUUUAAUUUCGGACCAUGGUACAUAAUCUGACUGUGAAGUCACGUAACAGCGUUGUAUUUCCAUCUCUCAUUAGCCGAGGUCAGUUCACAUGCAAUACGUGACUCAAACUGAUCUGCUAUAAUAUCACCAAAGCAGAUAAAUAAAUGAAUACUAAACUAUGCUUAAAAUGUUUACGGUUUGAUGUAUGUAGAGCAUAAAAUGAGACUUCUAACCUUGGAGGUGAUGCUGCAACAUAACCUCUGAAAAGUCCAUUUACACUCACAUAGAUAUAUUAAGUAGAAAUUACAAGGUCAGUUACUUGUGGACCUCAUAGCAGGUGCUUAUAUAUGCUGAAUUGAUUUUGUAAGAAGCUUUUAAGUGCAGGAAGAAUCUGAAAGCCAGUUAAUGUCUUCUAUGAGUGAUAGCGCUAUUAUUUGAAUCAUUAUAUUGUUUUUAACCCUGUAAAGCACUUAGAAUUACUUAAUGCAUGAAUAGGGCUUUUUAAAUACACUUGUCUUGCACUCAGUCGCUCAAUAAUUAGCUGUCACAUCCGAUCUUUUCGCUCAUCUCAGGUAAGAUACGAGACGUACGGCAGAUGGAAAAUCUGACGAGUCUGCCGAUGCAGAUGGAAGGCAGAUGGAAAGACAGACGCUGAGCAGGAGACAGGAAUGAUAACAUGUCACCAUCUUGGUUCAAUUUGAAGAAAUCCCACCCAUGGGGCUCGAAAAAAAAAAAAAAAAGCACCAUUCUGUGUCUGCAUUUUCAUCCCUUUCAUCACCACUAAUGUCCAUUUACACGUCAAGCCUCAUUGUCUUUGCUGCGGCCAUUAGAGCAAAAAAAAGUUCUUUAUGGUAAACAACCAGAUUAAGAACUUUUUGAUGUUAAAAUACAACUAAUUUCUUAUUUUUCACCACAUGAUAUCAAAGUUUGAUUCGCAUUCAAGUAAAAACACUUAAAUCCUGCAAAAGUAUAUUUAAUUGGUUACUAAGAGGACCUAGAGUUGAAAGAAUUUCAUUAAAAUGUGCCUCCAUCUCCUCUGUUUUGUUGUCGCACAAGAGGAGACAUAAUAACAAACUCCACCGGAGCCUGUUUGCUUGUUCACCAGCUUGUUUAGCAAGCAGUGGAGGUGCACAACACCAUGAGGACCUGUGCUUUGAGAUGAGACACAGAGAUUAAAGCUGACAUGGGUGAUAGUUCAAAGUCUGUGUCUCUUCCAGUGUUGUUGGGAAUUCCUUUAUAUAUAAAAACAGGCUUGUUCUCAUGUAGAAGUUUUUCACUCUGGGUAUAAUUACUGCAGUCGGGUCGUGUGAAGCUGUUUGAGAAGAAUGCAAAAAUAAACAUUCAUUUUCAUCAGUUUUGACAAGUGGAAAAUAAAAGGUUGUAUUGAAAACUGGUGCGUUUUAGUCCAUUAUAUUAGACACGUUAACACUCAAGACGUCAAGCUGUGAGCAUGAACACAAAAGACCCCCUUUUGUCCCCACUUCCACUUUGUUUGCAAACUCACAAAGACAGUGUCGGACAUUAAGAGCAAUCCAAAACCCGUGACAGUGAAUGGGACAGAGUUUUAAAGCCUCCAAAAGGGUCGUUUUUAUGACAAAGUGUUUAUUUUCAUGCGCUGUUGCAAAAACCCUGCAAUUUAAAACAUCAGGGUGAAAAAAUAAACGCCACCUGACAAGCAAAAGAGUCGUUUUAGUCUCUCAUGGUGGAGUGAAUGAAAUGAAUGUUCCACCCGGUGUUAUUUAGUGCUUUAAUUGUGCUAAAAUACAAAACAAUGUGUAUUUGUCCUGCCCGGGAUUAAGGUCCUUACGCACCAGGACCGACGCAAAUAUACGAUAUUCGGAGGCGAAUUUUGGCGCGCCUGACUAUAGACAUCGAGUGCGAUGCGAUUUUGUGACUUUCCAGGGGGAAAAAGACGCGUCCCGGGUGGAAGCAAGAAGACUGACACAACAGCAGACUGAGUGUUUUUCAGGUCUGAUUAGACACUAGUGUUGAGUAUCGCGGGACGGGAAAAUGUUGCUGAUGUGAACGCUUGUAUUGACAGGAUACGGGUUUCGAAAAAAAAUAUUGACGUCCGAAAUAAUCGCACGAUAAAAACGCUCCCUGUGUGAAAAGACCUUUAGGGUGUUAGAGUGCACAGGGUCACAACUUGUGCCUUCUCAUAGCUGAAUACAGGCCUGUGUUUUUGAUGAUGCAUUUUGUUAUGCAAUUUUUUCCCCACGUCUUCAUGCAUCAUGACACCGCUCACUGCUAACUCCUUAUCUCCUCAGCCCUAAAGCUGCAGCCUGAGGCGUCACCAAGCUUCAUUGCAUAUUUAAAGGGAUAUUCCGGCGUAAAAUAAAUUUAGGGUCAAACACACCGUAACACUGAGUUAGACACCCCUUUGAGAGAUGAAUGUUGGCGACCGCUUGCUUCCUCAACCAAAAUGCCACUCUAUAGUCACAAAUAAUGCUCAGAACAGCACCUAACUUCAUCAACAGUACAAAUAGGGUCACAGCCAUAGCACUAGCCACCAAAUAUCAUUUUAGCUUUGCCUGUUUUCUUUAGCAAAGAGACUAAACACAACUUACAAACCCUCUUCCAGCAGCCACACAGUGGGGUGUCGCAGCUCAAGGAAGAACAUUUAUGAUAAUUUCUUUAUCAUUUCCUUGAAGUAAUAAUCUCCAUAUUAAUCAUUUUGCACUGCAGACGCAGAAGUUCUUCUUGGUUUGCCGCUGAUUGCAUUUCCAUGAAGAAAUGACACCGAAAUAUCCCUUUUAUAGAUCCCUAAACAAUGCCACUGACCACAAUGCUCCUAGAUAUCACUAGAUCCUGAGUGGUUACCUCCAUUAUGCAUGCAAAAGUUUUCAUAGUAAAUCCAUGUGAUCCUGCAGCUAAAAGACGUCCACUGUCAGUGUACACUUCUAUUGCGUAUCUUGACUUUAAGGUAAUUCGUGAAGCGUUUCUGCUGUGUCUCUGUACUUAAAUGUUAAUUUGGAAAGUCCCCGGUUGAGAGAUUUUUCAGUACGUUUUACAUCAAUCCGUGCAUCUACAUAACUCACACAGUGACAUGUGUGUGAUUUCUGCAUUUGUAGGGGCGCACUCGAAAGAUGGAAGUUAGUCACGCCGGUUUGAGUCCGCUCUCUUUAAGUCCGAAGGCUGAAAUGUGUUAUGUAAAUGGCAACCCCUCUUUCUGCAUGUGUACCUGACUCCUACAGGGAAGCGAGAGCAGAUGCACUGAUUGGUUUGGUUCCUGUUAUGCUUAAAAAAAACAUCUAUGAAUAAUAAAGGGGCUGUAACCUCUAUCUUUGCACCCUGGGCCUCACUUUGCAUCCAGAUUGUGCGCCGCUUGAAUUGAGAUUGCGGUCAGACGUUCUCCAUAUUUACUCUUACCCAUACGCUUCAGAUUGUGCAAUUUAGAUUGUUUAAAUAGGGCUGCAAAAAUGAGUGUUUUUCUUCUGUGAUAUUUGGGUCAUGCAGAUGUUUAAAACCGGUCCUCUCCAUCCGACUAUGCUUUAUUAUGACAAGUUUCGCUGCCCUCAAUCUCUUCCUUCAAGUUUAAAAUCAACAACUCGGGAUAAUCCUGUUUUAUGAAUAUUUAUGGGCAUAUUAACCGUGCGUUUGCUCAAGUCAAUCUGUCUGCCAGUGUCAACAACAACACACAACCCUGCAGGCUGUGAGCUCAUCCAGCAGCUCGCUAGGCUUACAUCACAACACCGUACCCAAUAAAUCCAAAGAGCCAUAUUGUGUUUCUAAUUAAUCCUAAUGAAGGUCUAAUUCCCUCUUUGCCCUUGUCUCUGUUUUUCUUACUGCUUGGCUUGUUGGUUAGAAAUAGCUCCGUUUCUUGGUUUUAUAAGAGCUCUUAUCCCCGCUGUGAUUGUUGGAGGGUAUUUUGGUCACUCAUGCGUGCCUCUAAGUCGUCUGCGAUCAUUUAAAAACCCCCUUUGUUAGUGACCUCACAUGGGGUUACAUGCAAACCCAGGGCCAGAAUAAUCCACUGAGUCCAACAGUGUGGAAAGCUAAUUGAAGUUCACUUUCUGUGGCCUUUGGUGAUUAAAUGGUUGAUUAGUUGGCGAUCUGAAAUGGAUUGCUGUUUGUUUUUACAAAGCUAAUGACUGGAGAACAUCCAGGAUUGCCUGGAUGUGUGAGCGGCCGCAGCUGUUAUGUAAUGCAAAUCUAAUAGAGGGAAGAUUUUACCUUAUUGAGGUAAUUUUUAAAUGAGUUUGAUAUGUUACAGCACACAUGAAUCAUGGCUCCUGUUUUGUGUCUAGUUUUAGAGAUGAGCUGUCGGCAUCUUUAAACAACAGGAGGAAGCAAAACGGUGCAUGCUUUUACUAAAGGCUAAAACAUACAGGAUCCAUAUUGAGUGCGUAUAGUCAGCGUCGUGUAUCACGCAGCAAAUAGGUUGCCAUUCUGAUCAAUGCAGCAUCGCGUACGCAUCAGCUCUGUCGCAGCUGAAUGAAUAUACGCAACAAGUCUAUUUUUGCUGCUCUACGCUUCCAAUACGCGUCGAUCCACACAGAAACGACGACCAUGCCUGUUCCUCCUAUGGUGUUUCUUCUCUUCUUUAAGUUGUCCAUUUUGGACCAAAGUAAUUCUAGUUUUGCCUUCAUGCUUCUAAUGUGAAUCUGCAGAUCAUCAUUGGUAUCUUCCCCUGACAAAAUAUGUUUAACUAGCCAGUGCAAUCUUUCGCAUUCACCUCAUUUGCUUCUAGUACUACUCUUGUGGACUUAGUCCUGCCCAUAGACUGCAUAUACCAUGGACAACUUGGUUCCACCUUCUACCAGUAUACGGAUUUGAAGCCGAGAAGCUCUCGAUAAUUCCGCGUUUUUUUUUCCAUUUCCUGAAACCAAUAUUGCACAGUAGCGUUGUACGCAUUUGAAGUGUCGUCGAGAGUCGCUGUGAUGACGCUCAGUUCAAGCUGUGUAUCUCCCGGCUGAGCUACGCAAUCUUCGUACACCCAAAGGCUGUAUCAAGUGUCAAUCAUAGAAAAUGCGAACCCCCUUAAAACUUUUAAAAAUUGAGUUGCACAGAAAAAAGAGGACUUGAGCACAAACCAGUCUUAUAGUAACUACGUGUCAACAUUGUAAGCAGGAGGGAGAAAAAUUUAUAUUCUGUGUAGUUAAUUUCUAAAGUUUGUCCACAGCUUCAUAGGGAUUGCUGGAGGAGGCGGGAUUUAUGGCCUAUACUGCAGCCCGUCACUAGAGGGUGCUGUUCUCACGGUGGUUUCACCUCGUGAGGAGGCAGAUGGCGUCCAUUCUAUAUACAGUUUAUGGUCCUGUCUUUCAUAUAUAAAGAUCUUUGAGAGCACAAUCCACAGUUUAUAGCAUCUCUGUAGCUAAACUCGAUGGCUUGUGCACUAGCAUGCAGGUGAACCACGCGAGAGGCUUGAGCUCUAAACUGGAAAAAAGAAUCCUGGAGUCUGAGUCCCAGAUUGCAGUACUGUUAUUCUUCUUGCGCGUAUCAUACUGCAUUUUGUGUUUGUGUGUCAAGCGGUUGAAAAAGUUAGUUGUAUUCCAGUUGCAGGUUUCACUUCCUAUAAACCUGACAUACCUCUAAAUAACCAAUGACGAGCUGCUCUAAGGGACCAGCUCAUCAUCGUCUGUUCCAGGUAUCUGACUUUUGUUUCUUCUAACCUGUCUCUGUUGUUUACUCAUUCACUCCUAACUGCUGCUGCACAGUAGGUGUCUUCGACGUGACAUGACUGACUCUCUGAAAGUGUAGCCAAAACCUCUUGAAAGCUUUCUGAAAGGAGCAGCGGUUUGAUAUACAGCUGUGGGCGUGCAUUUUAAACAUCAGCGUCGCCUUCAAUCAUGUUUAUUUGAUCACUGGAAGCGUUUGUUCCUCUGGUGAAGCUCGGACACAAACCUGCUAAAGCUAAGAGUCCAGGAGAAGGAUUGAAAUAUAGAUGUUUUUGUCUUUCAUUGAGAAGUGAUGGCUGGAAAGGAGAGGACUAUAAUAGAAACUGGGUCUUUCAGAUCAUCGCACCGCCCGUCAAACUUUUCUUUCCACAUCUAUGCUUCUUAUCUUCUGCGAGAAAGAGGAGAAGUCUGCAUUUUUCUUGUCCAACAAACAGUCCCUUUAUCCUCUUCUUCUCAGAUUCCUGCAGAGACAGCUUCCCCCAGUCCUCUGUAAUCUCCCUCAUCUUGUAGUAUUGGCUCGUACUGAACUGGAACACUGCAGUUUGAUUUAAAACCGAGUAAAUGCUCUGCAGCCUUUAGAGGAAUACGAAAUGAGAGGUGUUUCCCUGAUCUAAUUGAUCCGUCUGCUUGUUCAGAGCCUCCGCAAACAUUCACUUUGAAGAGUCACUGACCCCAACGGGUUUCACCACCGGCAGGAGAUUGGUUUGCAUGUUUUCCCCUCAGACUGAUUUUAUUCUCUCAUCGUGCAGCAUUAACCCUCAUUUCUCAAGUAUCACCCUGUUUAUGGUUGCAUAGAUUUUUACGAUAUGUAUUGAUUUUGCAACAAUACGCUCUCCCUCCAACUGAAUGAGACAUGAAUUAUCUAUGUUUCCUUUGUCAUCCUUGUUUUAAAAGAGUCAGGUGAGAGAUAUGUCUGAUGAAUCCAGAUUUUCAAGCUGUAUUUUAGAUAUGAUGCAUAUGUAUUUCUUUUUAGAUUUCAUCAUUUUAGUGUAUAUUAGGGCUGUAAUCGAUCAAAGAAAUUCUUGUUUGACUAAAACCCUGAAAUUUUCGCCCCAAAAUCGACUAUUGGAAGUGGUUCCGACUCUGAUGGCAAACCCUUCUGCGGCGGGGGACAACGUGGCCUGGCGAAGGAUGGCUUGGUGGGGUGAAAAUAUACUGAUAUCAGGAAUCACAUGAAAAUUGAAAUGUUCAAAAUUGAAUUAAAUAUUUAGCAAACCACUGGAUGUUGAUUAAUGAAAAAUGCUCCUCAAUCUUCUGGUCUCCAGACGGUCUCCAGUGGGUCGGGCGAAUCCAAAUAAUACAAAAACAAAAAUGAUGAAAACAAGAGGGGUGUUCUGAGACAGACUGUUACCUGUGAAACGGGGGUGCUCUCAAAACACCCCCAUUAGCACUUGGUAUGUUCCUCCUGAUGAAAUUAACCAUAGACUGUAAAUUGACGCGCAAAAAAAUUGAGUCGACCAAUCAGAAUUUUGGUCGACUUAGCACAUAUCGACCAAUAAGUUGACCAGUCUGGGACUUUUAUAGGGCCCAACCGAUUUAUUGACGAGCCGAUUAAAUCUGCCAAUUUGAGCCCAUUUGAGACUAAUUGGUAAUUGGCCAAAACUCUGAUGACACUGAUUUUUCGCCGAUAUUUUCAGAAAUAAAAUGCGGAGAAUAAGAAAACUCUUUUCUAGUCUGAGUCUAUCUACAGUAUAUAGUAUACUGUAGAUAUCUACAGUAUUCAUUCAUUUUUUAUAACUUCAUAAAAAUUUUUAAAAAUCGGACGAUUAAUUGGUAAUCAGAUUUUUUUCCCCCAACAAUCGGCAUCGGCCCCAAAAAAAAUCCAUAUCGGUCGGGCCCAAGACUUUACAGCCCUGAUGUAUAUAAUUUCAUCAUUUACAUCUGUCAGCGAGCUUUCUUUAAUUCGAACCAAUGAAAAGCAUUUAAAAAUCCUCCAUGAUGAGUUCCUCUUUCUAGGGUUUGUCCUCUAACUCUUCAUCUGUCAAAGGGGAGCAUCUAAAUCUAAAACCUGACAGCUCAACAUUCCCGUUUCUUCACUCUGUCCCUUUAAGCCGAGCUGUUGUUGGCUCAUCCUACAGGUCGCAGAGCCGCACAGUAAUCUAAAGACCACCCUCGUGUCUUCACUUACAAUGCUGCGGGGAAAAGGUCAGCGUUUGUAAAUGCUUUGCUCAAUGGUGUGAAACAACCGGGCUGCAGCAACAGAGUUUAUGUGUCCAGUUGUAGCAGAGAGAUUUCACUACAUCCAGAACAAACAUUUACACACUGUAUAUGACGGUAUACACGGAGUUAAAGCGGCAAACUUGUACCCUGAUGUACACAAACUGGUCAAACACGUACACAGAACAUAUGCGAUAAUUUAGACACGCAAGCUUGACAGAAACAGACACAUCAAACUACGUCGUUCACAGGUUUGAAACACAAACAGAGAGAAUAAAUCAGAAAUUAAAUAUGAGCAGAAAAGGAAAAUAAGGUUUGUGUGAAUUUCAGAGAUAAAAACAACCAUAAAACACUGCUCCAUUUGAAAGAAAAAAAACAUCUCUCAGACUUUCCUGUCAUGCAGCAAAAGAGCGAAGCUGUUCACACGUUUACACAAACAGAAAGACUCAGAUGUUUAGUAGUUUCUCAUGAGGUGAGCACAAUCACAGAGAAAUAGAACAUUUUGUGUGAUGUGCUCUGCUACCACAGUUGGCCUGUUUUAAUCUAUCUUUUUAUAAUUUUGAGGAAGUUUCUUUACUUUAAGAAAGAGGAAAUUCACCGUCUUAGUCCUGAUGUGAUCUUUGUUAGCAGCAUGGGAAACUGUCUCGGAAACAUAGGCAGAUAAUGAGGCUUAAAUUUUAUAACUAAGAGUGCUGCUGAUCAAUAGUAACACCAAGCCAUGACCAAAGAGUGUCAAGUCAUGAUAUUCUCAGCUCGAAAUGCAAUAUGUUUACUAUUAAGUAUUAUCCUGUGUCUUACAAAAAUCCCACAGGGCAGAGGAGAUGCACUCAGGGCAACGAUAGUGACACUACUUCUUUUUUUUUUUUUUUUUUUUUUUUUUUUUUUUUUUUUUUUUUUUUUUUGUGCAGUGUGACAAUACAAGACAUACAAAACAAACAAUGGCAUUUGUGGUUUUGUGUGUGUGUGUGUGUGUGUGUGUUUGUGUGUGUGUGUGUGUGUGUGUUUGGUGUGUGUAAAUAAUAAUGAAAAAGAAAAUAAAAGAAAAAUAAUAAAUAAAUAUUACAAUUGUCAGACAAGCAAAAAAAAGAAAAUUAUACUACAUCAACAAUAUCAAUAAUAAUAAUAAUAAUAAUAACAACAAUAAUAGUAAUAAUAAGAAGAAGAAGAAGAAGAAGGAAUUUGUGGACCACCUCGGGUCCCUUCCCACUCGCACGAGACCCACCUGCAUCCCUCCAGGCCCCCAGACUCCCACCCCAACCCCCGCAUGCCCCGGACUGAAUGCGGCACAACACCUUACCCUAUGUCUAUAUAUGUAUUUAGUCUUUGUUAUUUACUUAAUAUACUUUAUAAUUAUUUAUUUAUUUUUAUUUAAUUUUAUUUUAAAUUAUUAUUAUUAUUAUUAUUAUUAUUGUUAUUAUUUUAUUUAUUUUAUUUAUUUAUUUUUUCUUAAUUUCUUUCAUAUAUGUGCUUUCUAAUGUUGUGCAUUAAAACCGAGGAGAGGGGUUGUCCUGAACUAUAAUUUGAUGAGAUUGAGACCCCGUUCCUCUUCCUAAUCUAGUGUGAUGUGCAAUAAAAGAGGUGAUGUGCCAUCUGAAGACAGUCCAGGGCGGAGAACUGGGGGAGGGGGGAGGCCGGGAGGGCAAGGAGAUCACAGGUCAUUGUCUAACAGGCGCGACCCAGCAGGGACCCGAGCAGAAAAUAACAAUUGUAAAUGUAAGUAUAUAAAUAAAUAAAUAAUAAUAAUAGAAAAUGACAAUGACAAUAAUAUUCAUCAUAAUAUUUGUAGUAAUAUGUAGUAAGAAAUAGAAAAUAAAAAUCAAUAAACAAUAAUAAUAAAAAAUAAUAAUGAUAAUGAUAAAGAUAAUAAUAAAGAUAAUAAUAAUAAUAAUAAUAAUAAUAAUAAUAAUAAUAAUAAUAAUGAUAAUAAUAAUAAUAAUAAUAAUAGUAAUAAUAAUAAUAAUAAUAAUAAAUAGAUAAGUAAAUAAAAUAAAAAUAAAAAGUUGGGAAUGAAAGUGUCAGAGAACAGAGAUGGAUGAUGUUGUGACUGGUUUGUGGCAGAUUAUGAGCUUAGAAAAGUGAUGAAUGAAAACCAGGUAGAGUUAUGAUUAUUGUCAGAGGAGUUUGUAUUUUCUAAGGAGAUGUAGUCUAUGAGCAGGUUUUUCCAGUGUAUUAUGUGUAUGGAGUUCCGAGACUUCCAGUUCAUGAGGAUAGUUUUCCUGGCGACGGUUAGUGCCACUAGAAGUGAACGUGUGUGUGUUUUGUCAAGUUUUAAUGGAGAUAGGUCUCCUAAUAAACAGACGGAAGGGGAAAGUGGGAUGUGGCAGCCCAUAAUCUGGGAUAAUGUUUCUGUAAUGUUUCUCCAGAAGUGGUGAACAGGUGUGCAGUGCCAGGUUGCAUGAAUAUAGGUAUCAGUGCAGUUUAGUGAGCAGUGUGAACAGUUUCCAGAUGAUGAGAAGCCCAUUUUUUGCAUUUUGUGUCCAGUCAGAUGAGUUCUGUGAAGGAUUUUGUAUUGUAUGAGUUGUAAAUUAGCAUUUUUCGUCAUGGAGAAAAUGUUCUUGCAGAUUUGGGGCCAGAAGUCAGCAUCAGGAGCAAUGGAGAGAUCAGUUUCCCAUUUUUCUGAAGGUAUGGAGGGUGUUGAGUCGGCCUGUGAUAAUAAUUUGUAUAAUUUAGAUAGGAGUUUCUUUGAGGAAGGGAUGUUAAUGAGUUUAGAGGGUAACGGGGGGAGGUCUAAGUUUAUAUUCUUGUUUUUCAUUGAUGAUUGGAUGGAUGAUGAAACCUGUAGAUAUUGUAGGAAUUGAUGGCUCCUGAUGCCAAACUUCUGGACCAGGAGAGAGAAUGGGACCAGGGUGUUAUUAUUGAAGAUAUGUUUGAGGUGAGUAAUCCCUUUCUCUACCCAGGUGCUGAAGUAUAGUGAUUGUUUAUUGCUGAUGAAGUCCAGGUUGUGCCAGAUCGGGGUGAAAAGCGAUGGUGCCAGAGUGGAGUUAGUAAUGCUGUAGAAUUUCCACCAGGCUGUCAGGGCCGAUGAUAUUGUGGGGUUUUGGAAACAGGGGUGUUUUUUGAUAGUUUGACUGAGGAAAGGUAGGUCUGAGAGAUGGAUGUCUUUGCUAACUGUUUGUUCUAUGUCUAACCACGUGCUAUCUGACUGGGUGGGGUGGGUCCAUUUGUAGAUGUAUUGAAGUUGAUUUGCUAGUGAGUAAUGAUGAAAAUUUGGAGCAUUGAGUCCGCCUAAACUUUUUGAUUUCUGAAGAGUGGCCAGUUUGACUCGUGGGGGUUUAUUUUUCCAGUAAAAUUUGUUGAUGGAUGAAUCGAGGGAAUGAAACCAGGUGAGAGGUGGAUGAGUGGGAAUCAUUGAACAAAGGUAACUGAUUUUGGGGAGGAUUGUCAUUUUAACUGUUGCUAUUCUGCCUAAUAUAGAUAAUGGGAGGUUCAUCCAUCGUUGGAGAUCAUCAUUGAUUUUUUUUAGGAGUGGAGUGAAAUUCAGGUUGAUCAACUCUGACAGCCUGGGGGAAAUGUGGAUGCCUAAGUAGGUGAUGUGACUUGUGCAGAAGGGGAUGGGUGUUGUAAGGGCUGCCACAGCCAGACUGUUGGUGUUUAAUGGGAGUAUGGAGGAUUUGUUCCAGUUUAUUGAGUAGUCAGAGAGAAGGGAGAAGGAUUUGAUGACACUGAUUACCUCUUGUAGUGAUGAUUUUGGGUUAUCCAUAAAAAGUAAAAUGUCAUCUGCAUAGAGACUGAUUUUAUGGUGCAUGUUGGGGGUUUGGAUUCCUGUAAUGAGGGGGUUCUGACGGAUGGCUGCUGCUAGGGGUUCAAUGAAAAUGGUGAACAAAGAGGGAGAGAGUGGGCAACCUUGCCUGGUCCCCCUAUGUAGAGUGAAGCUUUGUGAGGUUUGUCCGUUAGUAAUAACUGUGGCUGUAGGUGAGGUGUAAAGUGUUUUAAUCCAGUUAAUAAAUGAUUCCCCAAAGCCGAAACUGUGUAGGGUGUGGAUGAGGAAUGACCAGUUAACUCUGUCAAAGGCUUUUUCUGCAUCUAAGGUGGCUAUGAUUGAGUUAUGGUUAUGUGUGGUUGAGUGGUGCAUUAUAUUGAAUAGUCUGCGUGUGUUAUUGGAUGAGUUUCUUCCUUUAAUAAAUCCUGUUUGAUCCGGGUGAAUAAUGGAUGGAAUAAUUUUUUCUAAUCGGUGGGAAAGUGCCUUGGUGAUAAUUUUAAUGUCAACGUUGAGAAGUGAAAUGGGGCGGUAACUUGAAGGCAGGGUGGGGUCUUUGUUUGGUUUAAGAAGCAGUGAGAUAGAUGCUGUAUUCAUGUUGGGUGGAAGUCUGGAGGUUUGUUGUGUUUCUGUUAUCAUUCUGUGAAAAAGUGGAGCUAUGAUGGACCAGAAGUGUUUGUAGAACUCAGCAGGGAAGCCAUCAGGACCGGGUGCUUUAUUGUUAGGCAUUCUGUUGAGGGCAGAUUGGAUUUCUUCAGUUGUUAGGGGUGUGUCUAAUGUGUUUUUUUGUUCAGGGGAGAGUUGGGGUAAAUUGAGGUUGGUGAGAAAUAGACUGAUGUCUUCUUCCUUAGGGGUGUUAUCUGAGGAGUAUAGGUUGACAUAAAAUUCUCUGAAUAUUUGAUUUAUUUCAUCGGGUGAGUUUGUUGACUUCCCUGCUGAGUUCAUGAUGGUGGAGAUUGUGGAUUUUUCUUUAUUUCUUUUGAUUUGGUUUGCAAGAUAUUUGCCGGAUUUGUUAUUGUGAUGGAAGUUUUCCUGUCGGAGCCUGCUGAUCAUGAAGUUAGUUUUCUUGUUCAGAAUUUCAUUUAUUUCUAGUUUAUAUUUUCUUAAUUUCUUCUCGUUUUCUUCUGUUGGGUUAGUUGCAUUGACAGUUUCUAGCUGUUUGAUUUUUUCUUGUAAUUCAGAUUCUUGCUUGUUUUCUUUCUUUUUCUUAUGGGCUGAAUAUGAAAUGAUAAUUCCUCUGAUGACUGCUUUACCUGUUUCCCAUAGAAGUGUGGGGGAUGGCUUUGGGGAAUCAUUUAUUUCCAGGAAGGAUACCCACUCUCUUUUGAUGAGGUUGUUAAAUUCAGGAUCUUUCAGGAGGGAUGUGUUGAAGCGCCAUCUGGUGACUGGUUUUUGUGGUCUUGGUGGGUUCCAUUUGAAUGACACUGGGGCAUGAUCACUGAUAAUGAUGGGGUGGAUUUGAUGAUCAAAAAUAUUUGAGAUGAUUGAACACUACUAGUGACACUACUUCUUAACGUUAAAACCUCCAGUAGGGCUGGGCGACAUGGCCUCAAAUCAAUAUCACGAUAUAUUGAGAUAUAUUUAGUAGUAAGUAAAGUUUAUUUAUAGAGCACUUUUCACAUAUAAAAAUCACAAAGCUCUGUACAUAAAAGAAGUGCAAUUAGAUAAACAUAAACAGGACAAAAGAUAAGUACAGAAAUAUGCACAAAUACAAAUACAGUACAAGUGAGUACGGAUAUAAGUGCAGAUUCAAAAGAUGAAUGAAAGAGAUAAACAGCUUCAUCUACUUCAGCCAUCACUCCAAUAUCUGAACCGUCCUCCAUCUCCUCACCUGUCUUUCCCUCUUUGUUACGGACUGGAUGGGGUGAAGUCACGUCUCCAAGUCUAGUCAAGUCUCAUUAAUGCAGCAGUUUGUAGUUUUACUGACUUAUAACACUUGUAAUUACCCGCCCAAGUUCAGUAUGUGUUUACAGAGUAUGUAGUCAGAGGUUAGGGCUGAGCGAUAAACAGAAAAUUUACUGAUACCUAAAUUUACAAUAAUAAUGUCGUUUUGCCCAUAUUGGUAUAAUUAUUGUCAAAAAAUAAAUAAAUUAAAGGUAGUUUUGGAUGUGUGACAGUGUCUUAAAGGGACAUGAGACCAUAGCCUACCUACACACAUCCAAUACCACUUUUUAUUUAUUCAUUUAUUUUUUACACCGAAUAUACCAAUAUGGGCAAAACGACAUUGAUUAUUAUUGUAAAUUUAGGUAUCUGUAAAUUUUCUGUUUAUCGCUCAGCCCUAAUUUCCAGUUAUAUACUCUGUUAACACAUACUGAACUUGGGUUGGUUAUUACAAGUGUUAUAAGUCAUUUAAACUACAAGCUGCUGCAUUAAUGAGACUUUUUGAGGCACAAAUACAGACCAGCUUGAUUUGAGCUGCUCUCUUCACGCUGGGUUACAGUCUGUACGCAGCCUAACCGGCACAGCAUGACCCUAGAGAUGUUCACCACUCAGAUGCUAAUCUCAAAGAGAGCUUUAACGCCGCUAAAUAUAAACUGCUCUUGAAUAUAACAUGACUCAGAGGUUGCGGAGAGGUCGAUCGGAAACAGAACAUAAACGCUGGGCUCUGUGGGGGCUCCCGAAUGACAUCAGGCUGUUACAAACCCGCAGAGAAAUAUGACUUAUUGAAAGGAAGCAGAGGAUGAAGGUGUCAACGGAUAAAUCCCUCUCUAAAAACUUGUCUGAUUCAGAAAUCUACCAUCUGUAUAUUCUUUCCUGUCUCCUGAAUAUUUAAUAAAAGUUGCAUAACACUGAAUCAGGAGAUAACCUCAUCCGUCAGACUUCACACCUGUUGGUAUUUCACACCUGGCCCUGCCUCCGUGGGCAGCCGUAUUCGGUGUCUGUUUGUUUAUUCAUUAUCAGUAUUUAUUUAUUUAUCCAAACUGGGCCCUAAAGUUAACAGAUUUAACUAUUUAAAACAGCAAAGCCCUUCCUGAUCCUGCCAGCCAUAUUUUAUAUAUAGGGCAGUUUUAUAAUACAUAAAAACAGCCAAUUAUACUGCAGGUCUCACACUCUCCAUCUGCCGUGCCUCUCUUUGAGUCUCCCUCUGUGUCAUACUCUCUGUUUUCUCCAUCUGCUACCAAAUAAUGAGGGGAGUACGAGUGUAUUUACUAAUUUCACACAUAAAAACACAAAAUAUAGAAUAUUUGCCUCCAAUCUGAGAGUCCUACAGGGAGAUGGAUAAAGUUUUCCUGUGCUAAAAAGUGAUAUAUGUGCGUGUGCAGGCUGGGAAAUCAAUUCCAAACAUCAUUACACAAGCUCAAACUCUUUAACAUCCACUUUUAGGACCCGUGUUGCGUACUUCAUCUCCCACACACUUUAUCAAAACAAAAUCCAAAAACACUUGACGGGAGAGUGGGCACACAGUCACGCACACACUCAACCACACACGUUGUGUUGUUGUGUUCAAAUCUGUCAGCUCAGAUAGCAAAGUGAUAGAAAGUGCAGGAAUCACAUCUGAAACAUACAGCCGGAGCGUGAAUGUGCAAAGGGCUGUGCAAACCUGCAGGAUUAAAGUUGCAUAACUCUCAGGGAAGACUAUCACCUAUAGAGAGAUCCACAUAUGGCAGCCUUUAAGGGGGUGGUGUUCAAAUGAUUAUAUAACUUGAUAUGUGCAGUGGAAGUUUCCUGACUUACUGUAUGAGCUCAUUUCCAUCCAAAAGAUUUAUCCUCUUGAGAAUGUGCUUGAAAAGUGCUUUUGAGCACUAUCUAGACAUCCUUAAUCUAAACACAUCUAUGUCAGAUCCAUGUUUGAGUCACAGGAAUGUCUGUGGAAUAACACUCUUUCAAUGCCGUGACAGGGGUCAGGACUGUUUUACAUUUUUUCUCCUCUGAAAUGGUUUGGAGGCGUUAAACACAUUUGCACCCUUCAACCGUAGACAUGAGAGAUAAAAAAUGUUUUUCAUUUAACCCUAAUCCAGAAUGCAGUUGAUAGAUAGAUAGAUAGAUAGAUAGAUAGAUAGAUAGAUAGAUAGAUAGAUAGAUAGAUAGAUAGAUAGAUAGAUAGAUAGAUAGAUAGAUAGAUAGAUAGAUAGAUGACUUAAUUAAUCCCCGAAGGCAAAUUAAAUUGUCAUAGCAGUCCGUCAAAAUACAAUAAAAUCAUCAAAUACUGAAAAGACAAGAGACUGAAAAACAAGAUAUAAACAAUAUAUACAUAUGCCUCCAAUACAAUACCUGAAUACUAUGACUCUUAAAUAGAAUACUUGAAUACUAUGUACAUGUGUAUACAGCGUGCAAGAUAGAAUAUAAUAUAGUAGACAAAAUACAUGUUUGUUUUCUGAUGGGAAAUGUAAUUAUCAGCCGACAACUUUAUUUUGAUUAAAGAUGUUUAAAGAUGUAGUUCACUACCAGGAUAUAUAUAUUUUUUAAAUAUUGAGUGUCUUGAAAUGGGGCGCAGAAAAGAGGACACAAUGGCAAAACAUCAGUUUGUCCAACAGACAGAGUUUAUUAAAGUUCAGGUAGAGGUCGGUACACAAAAGGCAGUCAGAUCAGGCAGAGUUAUCCAAAAACAAGAUCUAAAAAAGGCAAGCAAAGGUAAUACACGGGUAUCAAUAACUAUGAUGAAUAAUGCUAUGAAGUUCAAUGAACUGGCGAUGAGACAGUGAGAUACACAGGAUAAAACACAAGAGGUAACGAGGGUGAUGGGAAACAGGUGGAGGGACACAAUCAGGCAGCAGGUGUGACAGGACAGAAACAAAUCUAGAAGACAGGAACAAGGGUUAGUGAUCAACAAAAUAAAACAGGAAGGACAUGACAUGAAACAUGAAUGUGCAAAAAAUAAAGGAAACUUAACCAAAGAAUCAACAGAGGUAAAAGGAAACUAAACAGACAUGACAUUAAGGCUUAGUAAUGUGUUAAAAGAAGUCAAAUACAUGAGUUAACCACAUUCUUAAUGAAUUAUAACAAAUAAAGCGUGAAGUAAUCUGUUAGUACUCAGCUAAAUAAAUCUAUUAAACUUAAAGCUUGAGUAUGAAUCGAAGAACUAUCAGGUGGGAAUCACUUAGAUUGUGCAAGAAAAACCUGCAGAAUUUAGCAGAUAAACAGACGGCUUGUCAAGUUCAAGAAGUCUUAUAGUGUUGCAUUUGUGGUUCUGUGUAGGAAUUGUGUUAUAUCUUUGAAUUUUAAAGCUAAUAUGUUGAUGCACAUCCUGCACAAAAGGCUGUAAAAAAAAACAAAACACUGAACAGAAAUGAUAAAGAAAAAAAUCUCUUUCUUCUUUUUUGGCAAAGCCACAGAGAGUCACCAAAGUGGGGCAAAAAGAGCUGCUGGUUUUCAACCCCCAGUAUAGACCCGGAGCAAGAGUAGGGAUAGAUUCCUUUUCACACACAAAGAGAAUAUGACCGCUCUCUUCAGCUUUUGCUGUCAGCUUCAAAAAUUCUGCAUUUCCUUUCUGAUCCACCUCCAUGUUUUUGGCAUGAGAUAACACUUUAGCCUUUGAACAGGAACGCCCGCCGGGGUUACUGGAUUAAAAGUGGACCAAAAAGGAAACUACAUGACUGUUUAGACAAGCAGACCAUGCAUGAGGGUGUGCCAUAUCUUUGUUGAAAGAAAAUGAGUCAUCUAUGUAAACCUCGUCCUCUAAGUCUCAUUUGGAGGUUCGAACUAAGAUGGAAACUCCAGCCUGGAAUUAAGAGCAAACUAAAUAGAGACUGAUGUACCGUAUGGUUCAUUAGUGCAGAAAUAACCUUGGAGUGUAUGAAUGGAUUAAGGUGCAUGGCUUUUCGAGUACACUUUGUUAAACCCGGUGAUGAAUCGGUGACUUUUACUCGUCUCUGAGCUGUUUAAGAUUCAGAUCAACUUUGCUCAUCUUGAAUAUCACUGCACCCUCAGCAGCCCGCACUAACUCCAUUAUAACAGUAUAUUGAUUCCUGCAGAGCGGAUAAGAAAGCAAAUGCACUGCAUGAGAGUCUUCAUCGUGGAGCUCACUGAAACCUGCUCUCACCAACAUCUCUGACACUUCUAAUCCUCCAGUUGCUUUCUUUUAAUAAGCAAUUAAAGCGGACUAUGUGUGGUGAUACUUCUGCUCAUGGCGGAAGGAAAUCCGGCUCCGAAACUCAGCGUGAUCGACAGAAAUGGAAAUUAAAUUUUACACACUCCUUCUGUCUGCCUCAUUUAGGUUUCACCGCUGCUCUCCAAGUCUAUAUUUUUCGCUUCAUUAUUGGUACUUCAUGCAUAAUACAUGCAAACUCCCGCUGUCUGACAAACACACACGCUUGCCCCGUGGUCGCACACAGAGACAGUAUUUGGUGAUAGCAGGUGAACAGAUGAGCCAACAAGAGUGCGCUGAAUAUCUAAAUGACAUCAGGGAAGAGAAGUGGAGACAGAGCUGAGACAUCCUGCUUUCUUUAUCGCACAACCACACAGUAUUUAGUCAGUGGAAACCAUUUUUGGACUUUGCAUAGUGACGUUUUCUAUUUCCAAUCUGCAAAGCAAGUGUUGCAACAUGUAUGUGAGAAGUUCAGCUGAGAUUCUGUCUAUGAAUGAAAAAGUUAAGUGUUGAAAUGAUGGUUGAAUAUAUUUCGGCGUGUGUGUGUGUCGGACACACUGAUGCAUCUGGUUGCCUCAUGCAGAUACAAGAGAUGUCACAAAAGAUUGUGUCCCCCAUUUGAGUCGCACCUGAUAUGAAGCAAUUUUCAACAGCCUCAUACACUCUCAAAUGAUAUUUUGGUGACUGUAAACAUCAACUGACUCAGGGUAGAGCAAAAAUAAAGGUUUGAAUCACCUCUAACAAAUUCAAAUUGAUCUUUAAAGGCUAUGAUUUGAUUAAAUGAUGAUUUAUUGAAUAAAAUAACCCUUUGGCUCAGUUGAUUCAGCGCAAUUCAAUGUAAAUUGAUGGCUGACUCUUAAGUAAAUUUGUAUUUUAUAACUGAGAUUUAAAAAAAAUCAAUGAAAAACUCAUUAUCUUUCAAAACACUUCUGAUACUUUUUAAUAGACUCACUUUGCAGCAUUUAAGAAGUUACAGUGGAGAGGAAAACUUCCUUUAACAGGCAGAAACCCUGAGCAGAACCAGACUCAUGUUAGACAGUCAUCUGCUGCUACUGCAGAGAUAGAGGGAGUCCUAUCUCUUAUUUAGUUGUUAUGUAUGGUACACAAAACAAAGGAAAAGGGCCCAAAAAUGCAGAACUAAGGAUUUUUUAAAACAAAAUGUAAAAGUCCAACUAAAACGUAGUCUCAAAAUGUCUAAACAAAUCCAAAAGACCAAAAAACACAAGAAACAAAAUCACAAGGAGACAACUGACAUACAUACUCACACAAUUAACCAACAAAGACAGAGGGGAAGACACGGACUAUACACACACUAGUUAACGAGCAACAGGUGCAGCAAACGAGACACAGGUGAAACUCAUGGCUGAUUAACGAGGGAGGGAACGCUAGGGAAGUAAAAGCAGACUAGAAACACAAGGAAUCAACUACAACAAAAUAAAAUCAGAAACACUGAAAACUGAUCUAAAGAAUAAAAUACAGAGAACAGGAGGGAAACAGGGUCAAACACAAACUGAAAACUAACAAGACUGGACUACAGGGGAACAGAAACAGGAGGGAAAAUACACACAAAAUAACACAAAAUUAACAUAGAGAUAGAUAGGAUGAGCUUUGUUUGGACCUUUAAGUCAGCUGGAUUACAAGUUUAAUGGUUCAUAUGAUAUUAUGCGGCUGCUGGAAGAGAGUAGGUGAGUUGUGUUUAGUCUCUUUGCCAAAGAAAUCAGGCAAAGUUAAAAAGAUGUUUGGUGGCUAGUACUAUGGCUAGGACCCUAUAUGUGCUGUUGUUGAAGUUAGGUGCUGUUCUGAGCAUUAUUUGUGGCUAUAGAGUGGCGUUUUGGUUGAGGUUUGUUUAUGGCUCCUCAGACCGCUGUGUAUUGCUAUCGUGCGGUCGUUACUAAAGUUGGUAUAACUAGAGAAGCAAGCGGUCAGCAACAUUCAUCUCUCAAGGGGGUGUCUAACUCGGCGUUACAGUGCGUUUGACCCUAAAUUCAUUUGACGCUGGAUUAUCCCUUUAAUCCUGAUCCAGGGUGCUGCAAACUGGUACCCCCAGAUCUAAAAUCUAGUUUGCCUCAUUUCUUCAUCUUCGUCGCCUCAGUGUAUUGUAUUGUUUUAUAACAGUUAUCUUCGCUCACUGCACUUUCUAAAAAUAAAACUCUGCUCUUUAUUUAGCAACACACAACUCUUCACUAUCUUUUAGGGGCUUCAAGUUCCCCGUGGCGUUAACUCUAACCACAUGAGAUCAGCUAGCACCUAACUCUGCCCCUUUGUGAUCAAGUCUCCUGCCUCGCCUGCAUGACUCAUCAGCAUCCCCAGUGUGAUCCCGGUGGCUCGUUAGACCAGCAACGGGACCAGAAUCCUUUUUAUUUCCCCCCCCAUGACUAAUUUGUAGAACUUAAAGGAGGUGGAAGGAAGUACACGCACUCAGACAAAGUGAACUUGCCACCCGGAAAACCACAACGCUCCGCAGUGCUGGUCCCACGCCAAGCGGCCCUGAGCUGUUUACUUCUGCAAAACUUCCACAAAGACAGAGCCGCUGUCGUGGCGCUGCAUCAAAAGCUGUUUAAAUUUUAACCGCACUACGCUGUGCAGAUGAGAGGUGACAGACAGAGCAGAAAUUUCACCAGAGAGUACGUUUGGACAUUAAAGCAGAAGCGCUAAUUUAUGCUUUUUCUAGAAAACAGGGGGUCGUUUGAUUAUGUGAAAUAAGAAAUCAGUCAUUUGAAGAGAGACACCCAAAGAGCGUGACAGCCCCCCUUAGGUCAGCAGAGCAUCAGAGUGUAUUUUGGGGUUUAAUGGUUUUGCAGUUUGAAUGUUUUUACUCACUCUCGCUGCUCUCAUUAACCUCAUUUCUAGCAACAGCAGGCAAGCUCUGAUAAACCCGUUGUGCCGCCACCUGCCUAGCUUUGAGCAGCAGGCAAUCAAAGUAAGCAAAAAGCUGGUAAACACAGCUGCUGACGACGUUAUCCUUAGCGUUUCCUCGAGAUUAAAACACAGUUUGAAGGAAAGCGAACAUCAGACAUGACGUAGUGUCUGGUCUUAAACCUGCUUAGUUGAAAUGGAUUUUUCUGGGCUGAGUCAUAUUAAUUUAAUUUAUAGAAACAGCAAAAAGUCAGAUUAAGAUUUUAAAAGCUGCAAAUAGCUCUAUUAAUCUUCAGUGCUGCCAUCACAACAAACUUGUAUUGACGUCAACUGUCUUCUAGCCAAUCAGAGGCAAAGGAGGGCGGGACCUUCCUACAAAAAAAUUUUUGCUAAUGGGAGAGACGAACUGGCUCUGUAAGAGGUGACUUUUUCGACACUUUUCAAACCAUUACUCUUCUUUACAUCCAGUUCCAUAACUCACUUACAGGAAGUAGCUGACUCUUCAAAAUAAAAGCAUAGUUUUUAGUCACCUAAGAGGCGACUCGACACGUUUAAAAAACUGAUAUGUCGUGAUUUUUUCUAUACUUCUCAAACCAUUACCCUUUCUUCCAUCCAGUUCCAUAACUCACUUACAGGAAGUAGUUGACUCUUCAAAAUAAAAGCACAGUUUUCCAAUAUAGGAGAAACUACAAAAUAAAAGCUUCCCGAAAAAAUUGUUUUCUUCUUCAAAGACGUUUCACUCAAGGGAUAAAUCAUAAAUUUGAACAUAAUUAUAAAUGGAUGAUGGCUGUUUCUUUGCAAAUAUUAUGGCUUCAUAUUCUUUAACGAAUACAUAUCAUGUUGCUUCACUGACUGUUCCAAAAAUUUUUCAAUUUAUUUUAAUGUUGAUUUAACAGGGACAAUACAUACAACAUUGUCCCUGGUCAGGCUUGAGCAUAGGAUAAAAUAUACUGAAUAUUAUAAAUGCAAUAAUACAACUACAGUAGAUAAUACAGUGAACGGCUAAGUGACACAAAAAAAUAAACACAGCAACAAAAUUUAGGUUAAACGAUUACACAAGUUAAAUUUAACACUGUUAAAUGUUUGGGAUUUAAUUUCACAAUGUUGCAAUAACAUCAAUAUUGUGAAAUAUAUUGGGCAUGAUAGUUGUGAGGUGAACACUUCAAAUUGUGAUGGCACAAUCUGCAGUUUAAUCAUUUUUUAAAGCUAACCGCUAAGCUCCUAGGCAGAUUUUUGUCAAAUCAUCUGCCAUUAAGAGCAUUUGCAUAUAUUUUUUCAUACCUGUCAACACCCAUCCGUCUCACGUCAACUCAAAUUAAAUAUGAAAUCUCUAAAAACUUUGACCUUCAUAAUACAAAAAUACAAUUAAUUGUUAAUUGCUGCCCCGACCUUAAACACUAAAAGUGUUACGGUGCAUCUGACCUUAAUUUGCAGUUGCAGUGUCUGCUGUGAGCUCGGUCAUAAUCACGGGUCAUUACCUCCAUUAUGGCCGUGUGAGCCCUGGUGACAUGACUCAUCAUAGAGAGGCUGCACACACAUGCACCCAUAGACAAAUACAUCAGACCUGAACAGCAGACCCAGCACUUAUCCAAUCUCGCACAUUGUGGUAAGAAGCCAUGCGACACUAUUCGAGUCACUUAAAGGUGGUGUAGGCAGGAUCUGAGGAACAGAUAAUAAGGAGGAUGAUAGAUGGCAAAGAGUUUACUCUUUUCUUCACUUUGUGUCUCCACACACAGACUCUACGGCGAGCUGACAAACUGCACAUUCCUGGUGGCGGAGAAGAUGGCAUGCUACUGGCCCAACAGGCUCGUGGAUGAGUUCUUCAUCCGAGUCCACAAGCAGUACUUCCACGACUGCUCCAUGUCCGGGCGGCUUCUCAAGGACCCGCCUAACAGAAUCCUGGGUCCCUUCAUCGUCGUGCCCAUCCUGGUCACGCUGCUCAUGACGGCUCUGGUGGUGUGGAGGAGCAAACGCAGCGAGGGGAUCGUGUAGUCGAUGUAGUCGGUAGGGAUGUAAAAAUGAACAGACUGCAGACUCACCUUGAAGGAGGAGGAGCUUAAUAAGCGAAUGACAUCCGACAAUGACUAUUCAGCUCCUGUUCGUCGUUUUCCCAACAGUCUGACGAGGAUUCACGGACUCAUGAAACUGCCAUGUCUAAAGUGGAUCAAUAUGAAGACUGCUGGAAGAGACUGAGACUACAAGUAAAAAUGUGCUGCACAAUGAUUUACAAAAACCAACAAAACUAUCUGCUGCCUGAAAAAGUUGCAGAUGGUCAACACAGGAAUGAAACUCAACGCUUGACUGUCCCAGAGACUUAUUUUACACCUUGACUCAGAAACAACAGCACAGUGACUUCAACUUCUGUUUGGAAACCCAGGUAUAUCAGACAAACUACAAGACGAAUCCAGCGUCAGAGCGUCUAUUAAAGAGUCCUCGAAGUUAAUUUCUCAAAUGCAAAGAUUGCUGAUUCUAACAGAUUUAUAUGAUAUUGUUAUAUAUAAUAUUUAAGUUUAUACUCUUGUGGGUCUUGUGUAUUGUAAUAUUGUCUUUAGAGGAAAAUACGGAGUAGUAUGAGGGCGGGCGAUGAGAAGAGAAAAAAUGAGAGAAGGGAGGUUUUUUUUUAAAAGUCAAAUUGUCGAGAAUGAAGUCAAAAUACAAUGUCGUGAAGUGGCGAUGUUUUAUCUUAAGCCCAUUUCAGACAUCCAUCCAUCCAUUUUCUACUGCUUAUUCCCGUUCCCUUGGUCACUGGAGUCUAUCACAGCAUCUUCUGGCGAAGGCAGGGGACACCCUGGACAAGUCGCCAUUUCAUCGCAGGGCUGACAUAUAGAGACAAACAAGCAUCCACGCUCACAUUCACACCUGCGGGCAAUUUGACGUGCUGACACAGGGAGAGCAUGCAAACUCCACACAGAAACGCCCUGAGCCACAUCGAACCCAGGACCUUCUUGCUGUGAGGCAACAGUGCUAACCACUACACCACUGUGCCGCCCCCAUUUCAGACAUACGUAUCUAAAAACUUCAGGGACUUUCACCUGGCUGUAAAUUCUCUCUUAACCUCUACAGAAUUUGUUGUAAAUCCACCACAGUGUUAUUGUCGGUGAUUAAAAUAACUUUUAUUUCUUUAAAAAAAUUGGCAAACAGAGUUGGAUACGUACACUUCAACAACAGUUUUUUAACUUUUUAUCAAAGUGGCGAGUAACCGAACAUAACCGCAGUAUCGACGGAUAAGUGAAAUGAGAGGAGGAGUGAGUACGAGCCUGUCUCAUGACCGUUAAUAUUAUUUUUAUCCGGUUUUGUGCCGCCCCUCUAGGGUCAAAGUAGUGUCAUAUGAAAAAGCAUCUCCCACAUUAAUGCACUGAAAUACACCCUCUCCUUAAAUCUCGGUGUACUGAAACAGACUCCCUCUUUUUGAACCAAACCUAUCUCCGUUUACGACUCUAAAACCCACUACAGCAGCAUUCUGAAAUGAAACGAUACGAGCAGGUAAUCUUGCAGGUGAAGUCAGGUUUGACAAUCUAACUUGUUCCUGUUCAUUUGCAGAAAUUUUCAGAAACUCCGAGGUGAAAAUUAUUAUCGUUAUUGACCUCAAACGUCGCUCAUAUCAGUGUGUGACAUCUUUUUAGAGGCGUGAUGUUACCACUUACCAGCUGCAGACUGAUUGAAAAUUUCGACUUCAUUCUUGGAGUGCGUAAUAAAAAAAAAAAAAAAAAUCUCCUCCUGUCAUUAUUGCUUUUCCGUCUCGUCUCUUACAGUCCUCGUGUUUGUGUUAAAUUCUCUCCCCUUCGUUCAUAUCACACACCCUUACCUCAUGUCCUCAACGUCCCGGCACACACACACACAUCUCGAAUUCUCAUCUGGAGAGGAAACAGAGAUGUGAGAUCCCAUAGCACAAUGCGCACAGCACCAGCAGGAACAGUGUAGGAGAUAAUGAUGCCGCAGAUGAAAAGGUGGUGGAUGUGGAGGUACAGGUGAAGAACGGCAUGGCACAUUGCAGGGGUUUCGAUGAUGUAUUUGUCACUUCUGUCCACCAUCACUGGAGAAAUUAUACUAACAAGACGGCAGACAACAAACAGACUCUGAAGGCUGAUGUACACAGGCACAACCCAAAUAAUAUUUUUAAAGAUGGUCUCUAUUGUUCUUGAAUUUUCCACUUUUGUUAAACUCAAUGGAAACGCUUGUGUAAAAAGAGAUACGGAGUGAAAGAGAAGAAGAAAAAAUCCCGUGGUGUCUAACAACAGAGAGAAAUCAAAGCAAAUUUAGCCAACGCUCUUCUCUUCUCUUGCCAUCGCCUAAAGCACACUUUGUUUAUCCUAGACCUGAGGUUUUUUUUAUUGAUUUCAAUCUUCAAGUGUGGUAGAGUGUGCUGUGUGACCUGUUUCUUCAUUGAUAUUUUUGAACGCUCUCUCUUCUUUUAUAGAUUCAUUGACCUGUACCCUUCCUGUCAGCAAAAACACUCUUUAUAAAAACACCCACACUUGCCCAACAUGAUCCUACUUUGUACUAUUGUGCCAAAAGCCCGUCGAAUAAACGGAGGGUAACGUUUUGCUUUUAAAUGUCUAAUUUUCUGUUGGAGUGACUUCACAUGGUUGCAUUUUGAAAUCUGUGAUCAUGAUGAAAAGUUGAAUAAAAUGUCUGAUUAUCAGCCUGCUGCGCUGUGGUUUGGAGCUCGUGUUUCCCCGAGAGUGAAGAAACAUGAACAAUGAAUCCGGCAUUAAUGUAUGCAUGGCUUACAGCCAAACAUGGAGCGAAUGCACAGGGUUCAAAUCCAUAAGUCAAGUGCAUACGUUUAAUGCAUAAUAGUGUAAAACUACAGUCGAAUGUUCAGGGUAUUCUCUGGUUGAUUGCAUAUGUGAGCAUUUUUAACCGUUUCUGCAUCGUCAUGUAGAUUUAUUUUUGGAAAACUGACUGCUGACAUGUGGACCAGGCCUUAAAGUCCCACUCCGAUCUUUUUACUACUUAAAGUGUUCUCAGUGGUCUCAGUUUAGCAUAAAUCAUGUUACCUGUGUCAUUUUCAAGCUCUUUUCUUCUGCAGAGCUCCAGCAGCUCAUUAGCAAUUGGCUUCUGAGUCGUGGGCGGAGACAGCGCUGCUCUACACACUCCUCAUCAUGCUAGCUUGUAGCCUAACAUUGCCAGUGUAGCAGAAGUAGCAGGUAACAUAGGAGCUAUUCAGCUAUCAGACACUAAUGUCUUUAGGGACUCGAUAAAAGUUAAUCACAUAAUUAGCUUUCUUACAAGCAUUUCAAUCCAUUAAUGCACACGCUUUUUCUGCGAUCGUCCUCUCUAUUUCUCAGAGUGUGGCCUGCAUAGCGGGGCGCUGGUAGUGAAGCUUGGAUUGGUUACGUAUGAAAUCUCAGUGUUUUUGAACCUGCCAUUUGGGUCUACCAGAGAUUCACAGAGAGAUGAAUGAAGAAAUACUCAGAAAAGCAAUUUCGCAUUUAAUUUUUUAAUAAGUUGUCCUGUAGCAUCAGAAAAAUGCCAUAUGAUUAUAUAAAAAACAAGAAAAACAUGAUUUUCAUCAAACGAUAUGUAAUUUAAAAAAUAACUCAAAACUCCUCCAAAAGACAAAUGAGCCAUUCUGGUCCAAACUAAUAUUUUAUGUUGCCUUUUUAACGUGUAUUCCCGCUGUUUGUUGCACUUCUACAUUAGCUUUGUUGCAAUGAGCCGAAUGUGAAGUGAAGUAACACAUAAACAGUUGUGACAAUAUCUGAUCAGUCAACACAAGUCUACCACUGAGCAAUAGAAGGCGAUAAGGCAUCAAUUUUUUUUUAGACCUAAUUUCAACCGUCUAGAUUCUGUAUAUUUUUAGAUGAAAUUUAAACGUUGCACUUUAACCCAUUAUUGGAUAACUGUUUAUUUCAAAAAGCAACUGUGAGUUGCAUAACUGAUCCCCAAGUACUUAACCAAAAUAAUUAUGAUAGCCGUUGAGCAAUAUACAGUGUAGUAUAGAUAUAGCCCAGAAUUAGACUUGGACUAAACUUGGUCUAAAUUUAGACCUCUAAAAAACUUUCAUUUUUAGAUCUGUGGUAGCCUGAUUUUAGACCAGUCGUCUAGGCUACAUUUAGACGUCUAUUAGACCUCUUUUAGACCAAAAAAUGCUCAGUGGGAGGCCUUAAUAAUUGAUAAGUAAUUAAAAAAAUAACUCCUCCAAAAGAGAAAUGAGCCAUUCAGAUCAAAACCAAUGUUUUAUGUCACCUAGUAAACGUGUAUUCCUGAUGUUUGUUGGUGUAAGCCUUGUUGCACUGUGAUGUGCAAUGAGUGGGAAUGGGAAGUAAAGUAAAACAUACACAGUUAUGAUAAUAUCUGGUCAGUCAACACCAGUCUGAUUCCAAGCAAUUCCAGCCAAAUCCAAGCUUGGAGUUCUUUGACACAAACCCAAGUCUGGUCUUCGGUCCACAUCAGUCUAACUGGAGUGAGAUCAUCUUCUGUUUUAAACCGAGUCCCGUUCAGUAGGUUUCUUCUUGUUUUUUUCAUUCCUGGCAGCGAGUCCUUCAGCACACAGGCCUAAAGAUUAAAUAUUCAAACUGUGUGGUUAUGCAACACCUGCCUUAUGCUGUCCUGUUAAAUUUUUUAUUGUUCCAGGAUUUCGCCGUUUAAGACAUGAGUGUUUGACUCUGAAAGGGUUGAGGCUGUCUCACAGCUGUCAAGACCAACUCCUAACAUCAUUCUCACCUCCGCCCAGAUCUCAUGACUGGCCUUGUAAGGGGGUAGGAGAGCUCUCUUUAUCCAGCCCGUUUAUAAAUGUUGGUUUAAGAAAAGCAACCUGUAAACUUCAACAGCCUGGUGCAUGGAAAUUUAAUGAGAGCGCUGCCUCCCUUCUUUAGAGCCAGCAAGUGCAUCCAAGAGCGGUUAACACCUCGUGUUUGUUUCUUUGCCGCUGUACCCUGAAAGAACACAAUUUUGUAGACGUGUGAGUCCGCGGACCUUUGAUUAAAAAUAGAAGAAGCAGUUGUGUGCACCCAUUUCUCACCCUGUCACCGUUGUGCACAAAGGGGGAAAAGCGCUGGAGGUUCUGCGGUUCAGGAUCUAAACUGGGACCCAGAGUCCAAUCCAUAGGUGA